AGCUCAGUUGUUCACAGUUCCAAAGUGCACAGUUAUGAAAGCUGCCCCGGCGUUGGAAGAUGACCUAAUUGAUAGAGAAGAAAAAGGGAACGCAAGUUGGAUUUCUUGCUCCACAGUUUUCCAGAGCAGGCGCAAAAAAGAACAAGACACUCGAGCUUAACCAUGACUGCAGAAAUCUGGGAUGUCAUUGUUGUUGGUGCCGGACUCUCUGGGUUGAGUGCAGCUCACUUGCUUCAAAAAAAGAGAGCAGGGAUGAGGAUACUUGUAUUGGAAGGAAAAGGUCUGUAAAACUGUGUCACCGGGGAGUCAUAUUGUCGUCUAGUCUUUCAGUUGUGCAAAAGUUAAAGAUCUUCUACUUAAACAUGUCUGUUGUGCUGUGCAGAUCGGGUGGGAGGUCGCACACUGUCCAUUGAUUUACCAGCAGCCAAUGGUGUUGAUCGCUGGGACUUAGGAGGACAGUGGGUAGGAAGGUAAUGUCAAAAUACACUGAAAGUGUUUUUGGAAGGCAGGUUAACAACGAUUGUAAUUACUCCAUCGCAUGAUUACGUGUUAAACUGAUUUUCCAGCUGACAAGACCAGAAACAGGAGAUCAUCAUUUUUAAAGAUGGCUGUUUCAUUUUAUGAAUGAAAUACCAUGCUGUAGUUAUUACAACGCUGUGAGAUAAGAUAGAUCAAUGGCUAUAGGGUGAGCUGCUACUACACAACAACAGGGGUGUGUCCAGACAAACCUAUACAGUCGCUGUUUUGUGUUUAUAUUUGGUACAUUUGAAAGGCACGUGCAAACUGGCACAGCAUUACGCAAGGUCAUUAUUGGGAGAAGGAGGCAAAAGUGCAAUGAUAGACGACAGAGAGAGAGAGAGAGAGAGAGUCUUCCAUGUGCGUGUGUCAACAUAUUUGGACUGUCUCAAAUUAAAAAAAGAAUAGUAAUAAUAGUAAUCCACUCAUCGCAUGUGCAGUCCUUUAGUUUGCACAUGCAAUUUUGUGUUCGCUAUUUGGGAUCUUAGUAGAUCAGGUCCUAUACAUGGUAAAAUAAAAAAAAAAUGAUCAGAGUGGGACUUCAAUAAGUUUUUCAUGAUUGAUAUAGGAGCUGUAACUCAACAGGUUCUUUCAGAGGCAAAGUGCAUUGUUGUCAAAAUUAGAAUAAUCUAGAAAGUAAAAGGUUAAAGGUGAUCUCAUGUUGAAUAGCUAUCAUGGAAACAAACGUGUUGAAUGGAUGCCACUGCAGUAAGGAUGGUUCGUUCACUUCGAGUAGUUCUUGCUGGUCUAUAGUUCAGGAUUUUUUAAGGUGGUCCUUUAGACAUCAAGUGGGACAGCACCACUCCUGGCCAUCAGUCUGGAUGUGCCCCUUCACAAUAAAAGUCCUUCAGAUAUUAUACGGUUGCUAAUUACAAAAAAAACAAACAAAAACAAAAAAAAGAAUGGUGAAGCAAUGUAAUUCUCAUGAUCUGACAUGGUCCCUGACUUCAUGGCAUGAAUCAGACGUGCACAACUUCAUUAGUUUCAUUUGAUAACAGCAUAUGACGCAUACAUGUUAUAACAGGAACUGUUAAUCAUGAGACCAGAACUUCAGAUCGCUGUGGUCACAGGGCUUUAAAUGGCAAAUGUUAGUCAUGCUAUAAUUGGGACAUGUGUUCUUUCUCUGAAGUUCAAGAGUAUUUAUUAUGAAGGAACUAUGGUCAGUUUGAACCAGAAAGUUGAUCAGAAAUGUCAUCCUGCUCUGUUGGAAUAAAAGACUGUCGUGUCUCUGUAUGUGUGAGCUUUUUGUCCAGAUAGGCUACAGGCUGAAUUCAGCUGUUGGACUGCUUAGAUGGAGGCGAUAUUGUUAUUGUUGUUCAAGAGCAUUUUAAUGACGAAUUAUUCUGAGCAGGAGAGUGCAGCUCUGAGGUCCUUUAUGUCAACAUUUGUACAGUUUUUAAAGGGUUCUGGUUAUUCAAGGACUCACUGAAGUAGUGUUAUAAUCUGAAGCACACUUAAAACUCAAGCUGAAUACAUCUGUAAUUAUGCAUUAGCUGGAAGUGUGCUCAUGUUUAAUAAAACCAUUUAACACAUAGAGAGCCAUAGAAUUUGUGUCCUUUACCUUAUAGCACCCAAACACACGUCUUGGAGCUCAUUGAAGAGCUCGGCUUGGAAACCUACCCACAGUACAAUACUGGCAAGAAGGUGCACCACAUGGGCGGACCAAGUGCCAGAGUUCGGACCUACAGCACUAGUAUCCCCUAUCUUUCUCCUUUGGUGAUGGUGGACUUCAUCCAGUUUUUGUGGAAGGUAAGGCAAGUAACUGACACACCAUUGUUCUGAUUAAAGACUGUUUUCAUUCAGAGAUGUCCUCGAAAUCCUCAAUGAUCAAAAAAAAUAAUUUUUACAGCUCUAAGUUUAUGUAACUGUUCCAAGCUGACAACGAUGAACCAACCCUCACUUAAUUUUGACUUGUGAAAAACAUAAUGAGCACAUGAAGUGGUCUGAAAGGCUCGGUGUCUCAUGUAAAGUCUAAACUUAAGGGAUCUAAAGUUGUAGUGUUUUGAGAGAGGCAGAUUUACAUGAAUUGUAUGAAACCAAUUUAUUACAGGUACAGUUAUCUAAAUAUACAUUAUGUUAGUAAUUUUUUAAGUGGGGUUGAAUGAGGUACUUCUCAGUAACCAUGGUCACCUUGGCCCCUUUGUUGAGAAACCAGAAGGGAAGCUUGACUAUCGACUGCUGCUGGUGGGAUCAAGCCAUCAAUGGCUUUAGUCCAAACACUAAUGUUGGUGUUACUGGAUCCACCACCUUUGGGGAUACUCUAUUCUCUGAUACCUGAGUCUUAAGACUCAGUCUCUAAUUUUGGGACAGGCUUUCUCCUGGCAUUAAACCGACAAACAGAAGAUUUCAGAUGGGUCUGAGUUUCAUUGAUAGCAGAACUUCCUAGUAGAGCUGAGUCCAGCUUUGGUUCCAAGUCUUUGGUUGGAUUUUCCCUCUUAGUUUAUCUCCCAACCAGUAACCACUCUCCAGCUUAGUGUGGGGUUUAUUCAGUCAGUUAUGGUCCCAUUAAGAGUAAAACUGACCAACAAGGAUUGGUUGAUGGACUGGUGACAUUAAAGUAGCUUCCAAUGAAGUAUUUGAACAGGGAUGGACUCUGAAUGAUUCAUGUCAAUCCUAUAGUCCAUGAAUGAUGAUUUCUGGGAUACAAUCAUCCAAAAUAAGUCAGAAAUAGUGUUUACAAACAAGUAGCAUCAUUGAUUAUUAGUGUUUCUCUUCAAUAUUGAAUAAGAUAAAUAAGAGCAGAUAUGUGCUGUGUGUUCUUGAUUUCUUCUGAAACUUUAAAAUCAUCCCUCCUGUACAACGUCCCUGCCAUGCUUGAUGGUAUUUUCUGUUUUUACACAUAAAUACAUUUGAGCAGAGUUGAAUUGAAUGUGUAAUGCAGUCUGUGGUGGGAUUGAUGGGCCAGGAAUACAUUUAUCUGAAAAUGAACACAAUUUCGUGCCCAGGGUAAACUGUUAGAGUAGCAGUGGGAAGUCAAAAAUGAGGGAAAAUUGCCCUGGCAGAAUCAAAUUUGGCAGCCUCCAACUAUUGCUUUGUUUCUAUUUGUAUCAAUGGGAUGUUUGUGGUUAAUGGUGGUAAAUCGUGUGUGGGUGUUUUACUGUGAUUGUAUUCUGCACUCAGAUCGACAGAUUGUGUGCCACAGUAUGUGUCGAGGAUCCUUCGGGGACACCCAAAGCUGCUGAACUGGACAGUAUGACGCUGCACUCCUACAUUGAACAACAUGUUUGGACUGCAGGUCAGGAUUCAAUGCAGAUCAAAACUGAGUAACAGUGUUUGAUUGUAAGGGAUCAUGGAGGAUUGAUAGGUGAUUUUAUUGAUUGAUCAAUGAUUUUCUUGGGGGAACCGUGGUUGUCAUAUUUUAAUGCCUACAGUCACUGACUGUGCUGCCUGCUGGAUACACUGAGUUUGACCAAAUGACAGCACUAGAUAAAGCAGCUCAGGUAAGACACUGCCAUAUUUGCUCCAGGCAGUACAAUAAAAUUGCUGCACUUUAAAGAACCUAAUGUGUAUGCUAUUAUUUAUAUAUGCCAAAUCAAGCAAGGUACUUCUAUGGGAUUCAUAAGGGCUGACCAUAACAGACCAGACUGUUUGCCAUUCAGACUGCAGAGCCAAUAAUCAUCCUCUUUGGUGUCAUUGUUAACUUCAGUAUUAUGUGGUUUGUUGAACAAGUGCUGUUCCAACUGUUGACCUUCAUCCUGCAGAAUAAAUUACAGCUUAGCAGACGACUGUCACUGCAGGGGAAUGCAUAUUAUUAAAGCCAUAGCAUGUUUUCUCAUCCCUCUGUGGCAGAACUGAAAGAGGAGCUGGGGAUGGGCUGCAGGUCCGUCUUUGGCAUUGAGCCAGCCCAGAUGUCCUUUCUAUUCUUUCUCAUGUAUGCUGCAGCAGCAGGAGGGCUACUGCCGCUGCUUGAGAGCACUCCAGGUUCUGCGCAGGAGCUCAAGAUAAAGGUACAUGGCUUAUAUACUUCCCCCGGACAGAACUGAUAAGAAAUUGAUUGCAGUCUUUCCAAAAUAGAGAGCAUUAUGGAUUUAUUCUUUCCUCUUACAGAACAAAGCAACUAUCAACCUAUACAAUACUUUAAAAACAGGACAUGGCCUCUUUUUCUCUCUUUCCCAUUAUUAAUUGAGAACAUAGUUGUGCUUCAUGUUGUUUUCCUGUGUUGAAUCUUCCCGUUUCCUGUCUUUCAGCAUAAGAGUUCUUGCUCUAUGCAGUUUCGGUCUUUACCUUCUUCUCUAAUCAAUUGCAUUAAAAAAAAUUAUAAAUAUGAUAGAUAGAUAGAUAGAUAGAUAGAUAGAUAGAUAGAUAGAUAGAUAGAUAGAUAUUUUCCUUUAUUAUAUUGUGCUGUUACUUGCUGCCUUACCAGUGGAUACAUCACAACCUCAGCAAACACUAUUUGAUCAUCUGCAUUAUUUGUCUGACCCCACCAGAGUUUUGUUGUUGUUGCUAUUGUUUGAGCAAAGUAAUCCUUCACUUUCAUACACCGGAGAGAACCAAAGGAAGGAGGCAUCUACGGGUUUCAAACCCUUUUUAAAAUGUGAUAUUUGUCCCUCCACAGGGAGGUACCCAACAGCUUUCCGAGCGUCUGGCAGAACGUCUUGGGUGGAAGAACGUCCAGCUGGGUUCUGCCGUGAAGGCCAUAUGGCAGGUAGAGUACAGUAACGGCUCACUCAGGAAUUGAUGAGGCGCGACACAGAGAUAACAGCUUCCUCCAUGGGAAAACAGGCCUUCUCCUGUGAAGGCACUGUCUGUUCUGCCUGACUGCAAUUCUAAUCCACAGCUCAGAGAGCAGGAAGCCUCAGUAGACAUGGAGGUGUCGAGCCUUUACUCAAUAUAUUCAUUGUUUGGACAGUUUCUGCAUUUAUAUAUAAAAAUGUGUUUUUAGCCUUAAAAUAUUUAGUUUUUAUUACAAAAUGAUGAAAUGUUCAAAUAAGGCUCUUGACUCUAGGAUGUCAAACAAAAUACAAGAUCUAAUUAAAUUGGAUGAGAGUCAUUUUCUGCCUAUGAUUAGACUCAGAUAAAGAGCUAAAACUGGAUUUUAAUCAAAUAAAAGGACUGAAAAUGAAAGACUAACAAGUUUAUGAUUUCUCAUGUUUGCCUUUUACUCAGCAAUCGUCCAAAGACCAAAGUUAGCACAGUCCCUGAAAUGAGAUUACUUGUGGAAUAUUAUCAUAGACAGAGCACAUUUGGGUUUUGGUCAUUCAGUGGAACAACAGCGAAAAGCUGGACACAUCAGCCUGGUCGGGAAAUAUUCAUGUGGGGUUUCUGAAUCUAUCAACAAAAAAGUCCAGUGGCAGAUUUAAUCCAGAUAUUCUCCAAGUUUCACAGGUAACUUAUUGGUAAUUAUGUUUUCUGCAACCCUUUUACCCUGGAAGAGCAGGAUUUGCAGCAAGGCUCAGGCAAACAUACUGACUGUGGGUCAAACCAGAAUGUUUUCAUUUUAAUGCAAAUUUGAAGACUCUACAGGAAAAUUUUAAAGCAGUCAAAGAUUACUAGAAAAGGUUAAAUAAUGAGUGGUCAUCUCACAAACAUUUUUUAAAAUUACUCCAAUAGUAAACCUGUUAACAGACAUGUGCUUGGCUUUGUUUGUUGGUCAACAGGAAAUUCAGUCUUAUGUAGGCUUGGUCUUUUUGAAAGUCUCUAUAUUAUAUUAUCCCUCUGAUAGCGCUGUACUGUUAUGAGCUCAGAUGUAAUGUUUAAUAGUAUGACUUUGGUCUGAGAGCUCCCUGCCCAUCCAUGUGCGUAUGUGGAAGAGCCAUAGACUGUAUAAACUAUGGACAACUUGGUUCUGCCUCCAGUCAUUUUAUGAAUUUGAAGCUGAAUCGCUCUUGGUAUUUCAGGGAUUUUCUCCCCUUCCUGGAUUCACCACUUGCGCAGUAACAUUAUACGCAUUCAUAGGAAGAGUCGCCAACAGUCGCUGUGAUGAUGCUCGGCUCAAACUUCGGGCCCCUGGGUGAUCUUCGUACACCCAUAGGCUGUAUCAAGUGUCAAUAAUAGAAAACAUGAACCCCCUAAUAACUUUAAAAAAUGGAGCUGCACAGAAAAAAGAGGACUUAAUCACUUAAUCACACUUGGGACAAAACAAAGGCGUCAACGACAGAACAUCUGUCAAUGGUACAUGUAGAUGAAGCGUAAAAAGAAGGAGCUGAGGUACAGGUGUGUUUCUUCAGCAUGAACACUGGCAGACUUAAAUGUUUAAAAAGAAUACAGGCCUAUUGUGAUAUGUGUUGAUAAGAUGUGUUUGAGAUAAUUGGCUGAGAUUUCAGCUGAUUUUUAGUUUGGUGAGCCUUAGCUAAUGCUACUCUUAAUUCCAGUUACUAUCAUUUUACGGCACUCCAGAACCCCCCUCCAUUGUUGGCAUGUUGCAACGUUGCUAUCAUCGAGUAAAUCUGUGUUUCUCUGUUUAAAAUUGUAUACUUUUAUCGAAGUGAACAGGUCUUUGCAUUCCUUCUUUCAAGUAAACAGAAAAAAAUCAAGAAGACAUUCUUUAUUCACAAAGGGAGCAGUAUCUUUUCCUGGUAUGUGUUUGCUCGGAGACAGGGCUCAACCUUGACAUUUCUUCGAGUCUUUCACAGUGCAAACACAUAUUGACAGACGAAGAUAUUCACACUCACACUCACAGUUAUGAGCAACUAACACUUUCCAGAUCACCUAAGCUGACCAGAGCACCCAAGGGAAACUCACUCAGUCACUGUAGUCGGCCUCAAAUCCUGAACCUUCAUGCAAAGAGGCAACGUUGCCAUGCACAUACAAAAAAAAGCAAAAAAAGUAUAGAAAAGAAAGUGAAAGUAAUUUAAUUGCUUCCUUGAGGCUUCAAGUGUCAGUCGUUCAAACUGGAGAGCCAGGCUGCUUUUAAAUGCAGCUCAAGUCUCCUCUAUAACGAGUUAAGACUUGAUACAAUGGUGCAGCGAGAUGUGAACUAGUUCUCUGAUAAGACCAAAAAAGAAUCCUGAAGUUUCUAAAAAGCUGGUCUAGCAAGGUAAAAAUAUACCAAAUUAAAAUCCCAAUUUUUAGAAUCCAGAAAUAUCUGGUAGUUCGACAGUCCAUGAAGAUAAGACCUUUCAGUGUUUCACAGUGACGCUCUGUUGUGGCUGAGUUUAUAAUUAUCACCAGAGGCUCCUGUUCAGUGAAUAUGUAUGUGAAAGCAAAAGAGCCAGUAUGUGAGAAAUCUGCAGCUGUGGGGAAAGUCUGUCUGCACUGAUUCAAAAAAUUAGUGGUGUCCUCUAAAACAUGUUGCUUUGAGUCACUGCAACGUCUCCCUCACAUCAUAGGGUUGCCAGUAUAUUCAAAAUCCCCAUGCGAGCAAUCAACUCAAUUUUAGUGCUGAAUUAUAAAGCCAUGCACGUUGUUUGCAUAUCUGUAAGCACUGUUUCACGCAGGCCUAAUGAACCCUUAACACGUGUGAAAAUGUAUGACCUUUAAUGAAGCUUGUUCCUAACUGAUGCAUAAGAGAGAGAGGGGGGUGAAUAACGGGAUGGUUUAAACCGCUCAAAAACACAGAAUUAUGCAGAAACAGAUGCACGGACAGUUUCACAUGUUGGUUCAGCUACUGGAGAAACUGGUUGUGCAUGUCAGGGUUACAAACUGAAAUCCCUAUAUGUUUUUUUUUUGUCAAUAUGAAACACAAAAAGCUGAUUUAUACUCAUUUCAUGUGUUUUUAUUUAGCGAAUGCAUACUGACAAUAUUUUCACUAUUUGUGACUUUAACCCCCCACCUACAGCCAUGCGCCGGCACUAUGUUUUGUAUGCCCGGAGUUUAAUCACCGUAACUCCACCAAAGUUUGUCUGAUCUGAAAAAUGUCAAUGGUGUUGGAAAGCUGAGAGUUCUCUGCAUGCGCCUAUAUAGGAUUUACUACGGUAGUCAUAACCAUAUGAGGUAGGCAGUCAUUGCAAAACACAGGAAGAAUCAGCAGAGCACUGCACGGCUUCUCAAUUCAGUGACUCCUUGAAAAUUUGCUCAAUCUGAAAAAUUCCAACGCUGACAGAAAGCUGAGAAUCUGUGCUUCCUGUCAAUAUAUGAAGUAUGGUAUAUAUCAUGGUAAUCUUGAACGGUACCACCAGAACCGCAACUUUGACAGAAGACGAGGGAGAAAAGGAGAGUGGAGUAAGAGGGUGAAGUAAGACAGAGCAAGAAAAAUAGUGCCGUUUUUUAUAGGAAUCUAGUAAUAAAUAGUAAAAAGUAGUAAAAAUAUAGUAAUAUAUGAAACAGCCGCUACGGUAGGUAGGGGAGGAGGAGGAGAGCUAUUUAGAGGAGAGUGAUUUGGAGGAGAGCUAUUUGUAGGACGUCCAGAGUCCUAGACUUGAAAAAAUGACGGUUUCUGAUUCUAAACAUCUAUGAGUCGACUUUUUAAAUGUGAAACCAAAACUUCAUGAGCAAUUACAAAAUUUGCUCUCGUAAAAGCCAUAAAAAAACAAAUUGGUCUUUGUAUUUUCUUCUUUUAAAAUGUUGACAAUUCCAUAUAAUGUGGAAAAACCACUAAUCAGGUAUUAAAAAGUGAAGUUCAAGUAAUCGUAGAAAACAGGACCAAUGCUCUCAGACUUCGGUUAUUUUCUGACUAUUUCACAGUGAAAGAUACAAAAUAUCUCCAAAUCACCUUUGUAGCCUUAGUAGGUUUCCUUCAUCAAAAGCACUUAGGUUAGGUGCCAUAUAUUUGUGUUCAUUAUUGUGAAAUCAGUGAAGAUUAAAUUAAUAACUCAAAAGUUUCUAUUGUGUCCACUGUGUUUUAUACAAUUCCUGUUUACAUCAUGUUUCUCCUGAAUCUAAGAUACCUCCAAAAAGCUUCUUUUUAUCAACCAAGUUGUCACCAAUCGAUCUGCGCUGACAGCUUCCUGUCAUCAAAAAGAAUGGCCAUGAUAAAGAGAAUAUAUCUGUUAAUACACAGAAUACAUACGAGUGUUGAAAGGUUGUUUGUAUAUGUUACAUCAUAUACAUUUGGGGGAUAAGGUAUGAUUUUGCUUUCUGUGUACUGCAAAUUCACAUAUUGCAAAGUCGGUAAAUUUUCCAUUUUUAAUGCAGCCCUAGAGCGGACUGUAUUCAAAUGAAGCUGUGUCCAAAAUCAGGCAGAAAAUCACACCACAGAACAGCUCAACUGCAGGCUGCUAAAAACAGAGCAGGAUUUAGUUUUUAAAUGUACAUCUGUAUCUCUGUUUAUGUGUUUGAACAGGAUGCUGAGUGGGCCAGGGUGAUGACUGCCACCAACACGUUUUUGUGCAGAGCUGUGAUCGUCACUUGCCCCCCUCAUUUGGCAGGUCAGUAUGCGUCUCCCACCCCUGUCGACUCGCUAAAUGGAAUUCUCACUGAAGCAGGAGGCAAAUAUCCUCCUAACUCACCGUGUGUGUGAAAUGUGGUAAAUCGUGCAUCCAUGCAGACAAAUCAUUGAUUUUCCCAAACCUUUUUGACUUUCGGGUGUGGCGAGAACUCCGGCUGAAGUAAACUCUGCCUUGGUUGAGCCCAUGGGAGGAGUUUCUGGGCCUGUAUCUUUCACAAGGACGAAAAGUCAAGAGCAAAACUUCUGUGUGACACUUGUCAUGUUCGGGGGUGGGGAGUUGAAAGUGGAAAGUACGUCAUUAACAGCCUCUCAGCGAUCGAGCUUCCCAGGAGGAUGAAACACGGACCCGUGCAGAAAGCCUUGAACCAUAAAGCUUUAUUUGAACUAAUAAUAACCUCUGAAAACAUACCAAGUCGCAAAAAAGAAAGUAGUUUUUUUUUUUGAGUUUUUGGCAUGGACUCAAAGUUUACACACCUGAACAGAAACUUCUCCUCUUUUGCCUUCAGCCAUUUGAGUCUCAUUCCUCCCCUGCAAACAUCAGUAAAAAAAAAAGAGGGAACACAGUAAACGCGCUUUUGUCAAAGUAUUAAUUCUUUGCAUGCUAGAGUUAUAUCUGGUGGUGUGGUUUCUGUUCUGAAAGUUUCCUGCCCUUUCUUUGUGUGCACUUGGAGUACAGACAGCACACCUCACCUCUAUUUAUGUGCAUAGAUAAAAAGUCAAUGCAUGAAGUGCAGUAGUGAAGACCCCCAGAGUAGACUACAUCAGGUAUCAGUGUCACAUGGCACUGGUAAGAUCAGACAGAGCAUCAAAAAGAGGAGCUGGGUUGAAGGUGUUUUUCAAAGCAUCCUUCAGAGGAAGCAGCAGGAAAAGGUCGCUGAAGUACAGCACCUUGAAAAAGUAUUCAUACCCCUUGAACUUUUUCAUAUUUUGUCACUCUACAACCACAAAGUUUUUUUGUCAUUGACCAACACAAAGUAGCACAUAGUUGUGAAGCGAAAUGAAAAUACUUGGUUUUCAAAAAAUUAAACACAAAUCUGAAAAGUGUGGUGUGUGUUUGUAUUCAGGCCCCCGUGUGUCAAUACUUUGUAGAGACAACUUUUGCUGCAAUUACAGCUGCAAGUCUUUUGAGGUAUGUCUCUACAAGCUUUGCAAAUCUGAAGACUGACAUUUUUGCCCAUUUUUCUUUGUAAAAUGGCUCAAGCUCAGCCAGACUGGAUGGAGAGCGUCCGUGAACAGUGAUUUUCAAGUCUUGCCACAGAUGCUCAGUGGGUUUCAGGUCUGAACUUUGACUUGGCCAUUCUAACACAUGAAUAUUAUUUGAUCUAAACCAAUCCAUCGUAGCUCUGGCUGUAUGUUCAGGGUCGUUGUCUUGCUGGAAGGUGAAUCUCUUUCCCAGUCUGAAGUCUUCUUCAGCCUCCAACAGGUUUUCUUCCAGGCUUGCCCUGUUUUUAUCUCUAUCCAUCCUUCCAUCAACUCUGAGUAGCUUCCCUGUUCCUGCUGAAGAAAAGCAUCCUCACAACAUGAGGCGGCCACCAUCAUGUUUCACAGCAGGGAUGGUGUGUUCAGGCUGAUGAGCAGUGUUACUUUUGCAUUCAGGGCAAAAAGUUUAACUUUGGUCUCAUCUGACCAGAUCACCUUCUUCCAUGUUUGCUGUGUCUCCUACAUGGUUUGUGGCAAACUGCAAACAGGACUUUUUAUGUCUUUCUGUCAACAAUGGCUUUGCUCUCGCCACUCUUCCAUCAAGGCCACAUUUGUUACAGUUUUCCUGUGGACAGAUUCUCCCACCUGAGCUGUGGAUUUCUGCAGCUCCUCCAGGGUGACCGUGGGCCUCUUGGCUGCUUCUCUCACCAGUGCUCUCCUCUGUCAGUUUAGGUGGACGGCCAUGUCUUGGGAGGUUAGCAGCUGUGGCAUACCUCUUCCAUUUUUGGAUGAUGGCUUGAACAGUGAGAUGUUCAAAGUUUGGGAUACUGUUUUUAUAACCGAACCCUGCUUUAAACUUCCCCGCGACUUUUCCCCUGACCUGUCUGCUGAGUUCCUUGGUCUUCAUGUUGCUGUUUGUUGACCACUGUUCUCUAACAAAGCACUGAGGCCUUCACAGAACAGUUGUAUUUAUGCUGAUACUAAAUUACACACAGGUGGACUCUGUUAGGUGACUUCUGAAGGGGUAUCAGAGUCCACGGGGCUGAAUACAAAUGCACACCACACUUUUCAGAUUCAGAAAAAUCUCAAAAAAAUACUUUUAAGUUUGUGGUCGUAGAGUGACAAAAUGUGAAAAAGUUUAAUACCUUUUCAAAGCACUGUAAUUUUGGUCCUUUUCUGAAUCAGCCUGCUGCAGGUGUCAAAUCAUGCAGUGUCUGAAAAAAAGAAAAAAGAGCUUUCUGAUGACAGACUGGCUGUUGAAUAAUUCCUAAAUUACACUUUCACCAAAAACAGAGCUGUGGUUGUAGUUUGUUAAAAUUAGCUAAAUUACAUAGUGGAUCUGACCCCUUCUCCAGCCUAGAUUAUAAUCCAGUUCCCUGACCAGUUACUCAACAAAGGGGCUGAGCUGACCCUGUCUAAUGCAGUUCCUACUGACAAAUACAACCUCCUUAAAAAACACACAAACUGCACUCCUCCUUUAAGAGCAUGGUGUAACAGUGAGUUUAAGUUUCCAGGAGUCCUGCACUCCAACUUGCAGUUAACUCACCGGGUAAAUUAGUGUUGACUUGGAGUCGUGCCUGGUUUCAAUUUUUGCUGUUUGGUUGAUGCUAGGACACGCACUGAGCUCGCUGCAGCUUGAUGUGGAAACAGGAUCCACAGCUAGAUUUUGGAGGUGGCGAAUCUAAAGCUCAGGCUCACUCUGGGUCUCUGCCUGUUUGUACUAAGCUGGCAACAGAUCUGUCACUCAAAGCCUCGUACUCUGAGCUGUGGACCACAGCCAGGUUCCUUAAUGAGACAGGUUUGAGAGCGGUGUUGAAUUAUGCAGCAUGGAUUGCUCUGGCUCGGAUGCCACAGUGCCACGAUUUGGCCUUAAAUCAGUGUGGGACGACUGACGGAGACUUUCAAAAGCCAAAGCCAGGCCAGUGAUUGAGACGUCGCCUCUUCCAAAAAGAGUCAGGGAUAAAUUAAAGAGAGGAUCCCUGCUCGGUGUGAUCUGUGCCACAUGUUUUUGUUUGAAUUGUCUGAAGGUGGGCAAACCUUCUCGUUCUAGUUUGUAGGGGUGGAGAGAAGAGAGCUUAAUGCAGCAACUGAUGAUAAUGACUCUGGAUGAUUCCAAGCCCCACUUGGACACUAAAAGUGUAAAACUAUGUUUGGCUCUUCUUCUGUAGCUGCUUCUGACACUCCUUAUAAAUUCACUCGCUUUGAAUCAACGAUGGAGCGGAGCGAAGAAUGAACCUUUAAAAAUGAAUGCUUUCUUGGACUACAGGAGGUACUCUGUAUGGAAACAUGCCUUCACACACAUGUACACACGCACGCACAUACACACAAACAAGGUAAAUGCCAAGUCUGACUAUGAGCUAAGUUUUCCCGAGUACAUCCCGUUUGUCCUGUUCUUGGCUCCUAGAUUUAUCUCCCUAUCCAUCCAUUCAUCUUUUAUAAUGAGGCCUGUCAGUUUUUUACCCUCUUAUUUUGUCACCACCUUCCGCUCUCAACUCAAUGAUUUAUGAACUGUUUAGUUUCACUGCAUAUGAGAUUGCUACGCAUGAAAGGAAGAAGCUUGAAGUUGGCGUUGUCUCGACUUUGGAAGACGUGGUUGAAGAAGUAUGUGCAUGUUUUUGUUGGUAAGUAGGUUCCCAUGUUUAUUCAUCCUGCGAGUGCAUGACAAAAGGAAUUCUAAUUAAGCUUUCACAGCAUGCAGUUGGGGUAUAAUGUAAUUAGGCAUACCGGCUUACAUUCACAGACAGCUCUGCAGUUACCAAAUAAACAUUUUAUUUCACAAUGUCUGGUUACUCUGUUAGAGAGUCUAUCUGUACAUGUGUGCUUGUUGCUGAAGUUGAUGCACCAGAUUGUGGCUGAAAUUGUCAUGCAGCCAAGCAGUGCUUUAUCUGAUGUUAUGUGUCUUUAAAUGGAGCAGAAGCUGCCUUAAUGACAGCAGUGAUAGGUAGUGGCGAGGAAACUGUUACAUCCAUCUCACUGUUCAGUCCACGGCCGUGUUAACAUUGGUCAACAGGUGAGCAGUGCAUUAGCAUUGAUUUGCCAACUAACACCACGAGCCAGGAUUCUGGGCCAGUGUUGGCUGCACCGCGAGCGAAACUAAUAGAGCCUAAUUUCAGGAUUAAAGCUAGAGUGGGAGCUGAAGUGAUUGUGAUGAUAAGUAACGCAGUGGGAUUUUUAACUUGAUGAGUGUGAAAUCGACGGAAAUGAAUUUAGUCGUAUCUGUGUGAAAGCAUUGCCCCUUAAGAGCAUGCAAGAAUAAGAGUACAUGUGGAUUUCUGAAGCUGUGGUGACAAAUGACAAAACGUUCAUUUCUAAAAGGACGCUAAAAGCCCUUGACAUUUUCCAUUCUGAUGGAAGUGUCUCAAGAAUGACCUCUUUAUAAUAUAUAGUAUUUUUUCCUGGAAUAACUCGGAAAUACGAGCGUAGAUGUUCUUUACAUUUGUGUGUUUUUAUCACCGCCAGCGUUUCCAGGUUAAUCUCAGUGAAGUUUGAAAAAGCUGUAGCAGCGCUAACGUAGAGGAUCAAAGAGAAAGUUAAUUAAUAAGUCCCUGUCAUAUAAAUGAAAAAUAGUUCACACCUCAAGUAAAUAAUUGAUCUCACUGACCUGUCUGCCAGCUUGAGCCUGUGUUUGAUAUGGUGUGGUUUGAUUGGUUAUGACUGACAGUGAUACAUCUCCAGGAACUUAGCUAAAUAGUUUAGGAGAUCACAUCCCCCCGCAGCUGCCAUGAUGUAAAAUAAUGAAGGGAUAUUAAAGGGAUAUUCCGUAAAUGUAAAUUUAAGUUAACUCUAUCUCUAUAGCCACAAAUAAUGCUCAGAACAGCACCUAACUUCAUCAACAGGACAUAUAGGGUCCUGAUGAAAUAUCAAAAGAGAACAUAAUUUGUCUCAUAGCUGGAGUAAAGAGCUGAUGAAGUCAAAGAAGAGACAUCAUACAUGUACAUAUGUAUAAUACAAACAAUAUAAUUCUCGACCAAUGUGCUGUCGGACUUCACACUGACAAUCCUAAAUCAUGGACAGUACCAAAUAAAGCAGGAAGAGUGGGCUUCAAAAAAACAAAAACAAACAUCUAUAUUUAAGUGUUCAAAAUCAUAAAAAAAUGACCUUUUCCAACACAGGCAUUCCUGAUUUUAUACCAAUUCAAAAGGACAGACAAAUCUGCCGGCUAAAAAAUACUGAAUGUCAAAGCCAAGCUGAUGUGAUCCAUGUGCUGUUGAGGGCGUUUCUCUCCUGUAGUCCAGUAGAAACCAUUAGGUAACGUCCUCCAUGUGUAAAUGGAGGAAUGGGGGAUGGUGUCUGCAGCUACUGUCGUCCCUUCAAUUUCAAUAAGUGUCAGGGCUCCACUGGCAUUAUUCAAUAAAGGAUCGGUGACGUAACGUGCUCCCAGGAACAGGACUUCAUCUUUGACGUUUGGUUUAAGUGCUUGGUGAGUCGCCCCGCCUGUCUUUGGUGGCCUUACAAAUGAAUGACACUGAGGGAUACAGUCUCAGAUUUUCCAUCUGUCAGUAGUUCUUGGGGUUAUUUUAUUGAUCAUGUUUGACUGAUGGUCGUUGUACCGGAUUGAAAACAUUGAAGUAGAGGCGCAACAAAUAUGUGGUUUGCAGUUUUGGUCAAAGUAAUAGAAUAUUUUAACAAUACGUUUCUGCAUGCUCCAUAGAGACCCAUUCCCCCCAUUUUUGGUUAUGUAAUUAUUGGUUUAACACAUGACUAGAGUAACAUGCCAUUUGUUUCUCACCGAACACCCCCCUCCCAAGGUGCAUCAGAAAUAUUAGAUCAGACCCGAAUCCAAUCACAAGCAACUUGAAGUUGUCCUCUCCUUUUUGACAGACUUUAGCUAAGACAAGGUCUGUUCUUUUUUGUCAAGGCAAGAAUCUAGUGAAUGUGAUUGAAUGAAAACCAGGCGAAUGAGCUUUGUUCAGCUUAAAGCUCUGUGAAACUUACUAUUGACAGAAAAACUGGAGGCCACUGGGAACAGAUGAAGCUUAAACGGAGCUCAGGGAGAGUCUCCUGUGGGGAAUGUAAUUGCUGAAUGAUUUACCGAUGUCGGGAACAUGUUACAGUCUCGUUCCCUGUUGUGUUGCACCUUUCCUUAAACAACACUCAACAAGCCUUUGUGAACUGAGGACGCUGACUGCUGAAGCUUUGGAGGUGAAUUCUAUCAAAUUCUUGUUUAAUGAACCACGUCAGUCAUUCAACAGUCUGGGGUCUAUGUUGAGGUAUUUUGGGCUUCAUAUGCUCCACAUACGCUCAAUGGGAGACAGAUCUGGACUGCAGGGAGGUCAGUCUAGUACCUGGACUCUGAUGGGGUUCUGAACGCAGCAGAUGUUGCUGCUGAACCUGCCUGUACAGCUUUGACUUUGCGCAGUGAAGUUUGAACUUGCACUUUCAGAUGUAGAGACAAACUGUGUUGAAGUGUUUGACAAGACCGAUACCCUGCACAGGUGUGAAUGUUAACCUUUAAAGAAGAUUGAAGGCUGCUGGUGCUAGCUCUGCUAUCAUAAGCCAUGAAGAUGCUAUGAUCCAGUGUUGUUUUUGAAUCAAUUCAGUUUAAAAAUCCUGAUUUAUUUUGGAAGAGUGAAGGUGAGAUUUUGGGUUGGUUGUUUAAAAAGGAUGUUUUUGUUUUGGCAAAAUUUGUUGAAAAGGCUUGGCAUAUGCGGCAAAGUAUUUUGUACCCUGUAGGAUGAACUUUUUUGUUUCUCUUUCAUUAUCCUCAUUGUUUGUGUUACAAUUCCUAAUGGAUUUUUGAUGUUAUUGUUGUUGUAUAUUAUGUUGCGUGGCUGUCUUGGAUAGAUUGUGUUUUGAGUUUGUUGAACAGUGUCUAAUAAUCCAUGGGCUGGGCACCAAUUUUGGUGUAUGACACUUAAAUAAAAUAAUCAAAUCAAAUCAAAAUGUAAAAUAAGUUAAUAUUGACUGUUUCCUCCGUGUUUUCUUACUUGGGGACUUUAAAUUUCUGUUCGUAUGUUCAAUAGGUCAAAAAAUCCGCCUUUUUACAACACCCCAAUAGUCUCAACAUUUUCUUGUAGUUUGUUUUUCAAUCUCGGCCAUGCUGUGGCUCAUUCCCUUGUUGGUGAAGAUGUGGAGGAGCCAGUUACCUGCAGAGUCAGAGGUCAGAGUGCAGUACAUGGAGGGUUUGCUGGGACCGCUUUGUUUUCACUCAUGUGAGGAGCUAGACCUUCACUGAAACAUCAUUUUGAAUAAAGAACACACCCCUGCAGACCUCAAGCAGAUAUUUAAUUUAUUUGACAAAACUGGCUUAGAAUCACGAACCCCACCUUGAAAUCUGUUGUGCUUUUUCCUCCCCGGGUAUGAGCAUUAUUUCUGCCACACACACAGCAUGAAGCCAUGCGUGUGAUUACUUCUUCUCGACAACAGGUUGUUAUAUCUCAUACUUUGCACAGCUGGUUUUUAAGGUUAAAAGGAAUGGUAUAAUUUCACUGUGUACCCAGGCACAGUCAAACUUCAGCUCUUCUCAGCUUGCGCAAUUUUCAUAUUUUAUCGAGUGUCUUUGCAUCAUCCUUCGUGUAAAUCACCGUUCGGAAGCUACGUCUCUGACUCAUCAUCCCUUUGAUGUAACGUCUUAAUUUGAGUGGUUUUCCUUGUUUUUCUUACUUCAUCCUUCGAACCGUUUGAGACACUGGAACUGCCUGUGGGUUGCAGUAAAAGUUUAGGGUGAGAAAACAAAAGGAAUUAGAAAAAUCCUCCUCUUUAAGGCUUUACGGAUGUCACUCACAGGUCAGCGACAGGAGACAAGGGGUAACAAGGUCAGCGUCAUCCCAGAGCGCAUCCAGAGGAAGAAAAACCAAAGAGAGUCGAGCAGAUGCCAACACAAUUUAAAAGCAGACGGGGAGAUUAAGACGGAUUCCCAGAUAACCAGAGUGAAAGGAAACCACAGUGGGGAAAGCGAUGUUAUUAGACAUCAGAGUGUUAAAGGUCAUGAACCAGCAGUUGUGCAGAUUGCUCCCCAGCAAGAGGCCAUGUGAGUCCUUGAACUUGCAUCUGUUUCCCUGAGAUGACAGAGUGAUGCAAAAAGCAGCCUGAUGUCUGUCAGAGGAGAGCACUUCAGACAUCCGAACAGAUGGGGAUUGUGUUCGCAACGUUUGGGGGAAACUUGUAAUUUCCCUCAUCGUGUGAAAGGAUCAGCUCUGUCCUUUUUUCACCCUCCUUUUUUAGUCUUCUUUUGUGGUCAAACUUUCUAUCAGGAACUCUUUUAGGCUGUUUGUUCGGGGUACUGAUUGACAUUAUAGAGAGUAUUCUCAUAACUGCAAAUGAAACUGUCAUCUUAAAUUCUGUAGAUAUAGUUAAAGGUUGUCAAAAUGUAGAAACCCCAAUUUCCAUGAAGUUGGGACAUUGUGUAAAGAAAAGGUACAGGUGUUACUCGUAUAAACUUCACAGACGUGGAGGUAACUCUCAUUUAAAUGACUCUUUUUUGGAGGUAUUCUGAUAUAUCCUGAUAUUAUUGUAUAAAGGUCAAUUCUUUGCUGAUGGUUGUACUGUAGUAAAAGGCAGGGAACACUACUGUCGUUGUAAUUCAUCAGGAAGAAGGCACAAACAACAAAUGUCAACUUCAUGGUGGUACAAAGUCAUGAGAAUUAGCGGGAAAUGUCACGGCGAUCCAUCCAGCGGCUGUUGAGGCAGUUUAACCAACCCUUCCUUUUAAGUCACGUUACUCGUACAACAGGAAAACUUUUGGAUUUACAACAUUACUCCUGACCUUAUCCACCCCUAAACAAACCUCCAAACAAUAAGACCCUUUAGAAAAAGGAACUAAUACUUUCCACUCAGUGCUCUGACUGCAUCCAGUAUCAGGAAUAACCUGAACCUGUGACAGAGAAAGAAAAUAUCCAUGUAUGAAAACGCCAGAUGCCUGUAAAUACCUGGAGCAUCUCAUGAGUGGUUAUUUGAGAAACAUUUCAUUAGGAGUGAACAGUCAUAAAUCAAUGCCACACCAACAGCUAUACUGAUGAGACACUUAAACACUGUGUUGGAGACGUUCAUGAAUCCUUCCUCAGCCAGAAAAUACACAUCUGUUCCCAUUUGGAUACAAAAUCUAAAUGCCUUGAAACGGAGUGCCUUAUUUUUAUUUGGAUACAAAAUCUAAACUCUGUUCAAACCAAAAAGCUUUUACAAAAUUCAGUCUAAGAAAAAUAAAAGCUUGUUCUAUAAAUUGUUCUUCAGCAGUAGGUCAAACGUUUAUAACUGCUGGGAGUUUACUUCUGCAACCUCCUAGAAGUGAGAUAAGACCCUCAGCUGUGUGUCAGGGCUAGUUUACCCGUUCUCUAAUCUUCUUCAAUAACCUGCUCACUGAACUUUUUUUGAGGUCUAUAGUUGUAUUUUUUUCCCCUAAAGUUCAUUUUCUAACAGAUUUCUCAACUAAUUAGAUAUAUUGUCUCAAGGUCAGCUUUGCCUCAUUGUUGGGCCUUCAACACCUGCAUGUGAUCAGAUGUUUAUCCGUAGUGAUGUAAAAGCUGUGAAUCUUGCUUACCUGAUGUCCAUCAGUACAGAGGUACAGAUGGCAACCGUGCUGACACCCACCAAAGACUGUAUAAAGAAUGGACACCGUCUGCCUCCUCGCUGGGUGAACAGCACCCUCUGCUGACGGGCUGCAGUAUAGGUCAUAAAUCCCGCCUCCUCCAGCAAUCCCUAUGGAGCUGUGGACAAACUUUAGACAGUAAUUACACAGAAUAUAAAUGUUCCUCCCCCCUGGUUGCGAUGUUGACAUGUAGUUACUGUCAGACUGGUUUGUGCUCAAGUCCUCUUUUUUCUGUGCAGCUGCAUUUUUAAAAGUUCUUUGUUUGUUUUGUUCAAAACGACCUUCCAUCUCUCAUUUAUUUAUUUGAAACACAGACUGACUUUCAAAGAUAGAUACAGCCAUCAACACAACACAUUCACUGUGAAGUCAUGGCAACCAACAUGAGCCUUGAAAAGCACAGGUGUGUCUUUGUUCACACGCCAGUUCACGGCAUCAAUUACAUCAUUAGCAUCAUAAUAAUCAUUUCAGCUAACUGGACUUUUUUUCAGCUACCCUGUAGAAAUGAGCAAUCUUCUUGAUCUCAGUGCCUCCUUAACACCCAGGUCAGUGUCAUUCUCACACUCUGCACCUCGGUUCACCUAUGAGCUACAAAAGAUCACGGUGGCUGUACGCAUGAGUGACGGCUCAAGGCCUCUGGACUGACUGUUCACAAACAUGCAUACAGGGAAAACAAAAGAACACAUGCAGAGCUCUGAGUUUAGAUGACGUCACUGAAGAGUUGGACAAACACUUAUAGAUCAGCACUGUCCAAGUACUCAACACACUGAAUGUCAUUUACAUCAUGAAGAGUUAAAAUUACACUUUGGGAGUUGAAAUCGGCGGUGACGUGUUAAACAUGUCAACACUCAAAUGUUUGCUGUGUGUGAAGCACAACAUGAAAAAAACUAUUCAUUAUGCAGAGAGCCCAAAUUUACCAUGCUGGGUUAUAGACAUGCACUCCAGACACAUGAGCAAAAACCCCUGACCUUUGUUCUGGACUUGUGGUUCGGUGAUAGUCUCGUGUCUGCCAAUAACUUUCAAUCUGGUUUAAAGCAGGAGGAGAUUAUCCAAUAGUAAAAUGUCAUCCUCCUACUAAUACUGACUCAAUACUGACUCAAGACAGAUCAAAGUGGUCUGUUUUCAGCGAACUGUGGAUGCAGCUGUAAAGCACGAGUUUGUAGUCUGAUUCUCUUUCUUUAUCUACGAUCGAGGACUCAGAGAGGGUCAAACUGCCUCCACAGUCGUAUGAUCUUUAUAAUACUUUGACUCCUCAUUAUGGGAGCAGAGCUCCAUUUCGCUCCCACUGGUGCCGACCCAAGAACAAACACUUGACUUUUGUGAGGCUGUGGAUAUUUUGUCAUUUUCCAGGCACAGCUUUUCAACCUAAGAAGGAGACCUCCACAUUUUUCUUGUUGGGCUUACGUGCCCUGUAGUGGAUAGUGGAUAGUGGAUAGAGUUUGCAAUUUAGUCCACUUUUCCAGAGUGGUGGCCCAAAGUGGUGGCACUUUGAAAAUACAUGUGUGAAAAAAUAAAUCCAAACAUUAUUUGUGUGAUUUGAUCACAGCUGUUAAUGUCUGAUGCCUUUUCUCGAGCAGCAUUCAACCCCGUCCAUCAGCUGUCCACUUUGAGCACACACAGCCUCUCCUUCUGUUGUUUACUUUAUAAGAACUGGCAUCCCUCUGAACCUGUUUCUUCAUGUCAUCUUGAUUUCACUGUGAUGCCGAGCGGUGAGGAAGCUCCUGAAAAGCGUCACAUCAGAUUUGUGCUUUUGGAAAUAGAUGACAGUGUUAUCAUUGCGGAGCACUUUGGCGUUCAGAAGAAUAAGAUGCCAGAAUAUGUCUCAUUUAGUCAUCGAUGAUUUAACAUCCGCCUGAUAAUGAUGAGGUGAAAGGCAUCCCCUGCUAUCAACUCCGAAGGCUGCAGUGUCAGAACAAGUAGCGUAAUGGAUAUGACACCACUUGACGGCUCUUAUGUCAUGUGUACAGUGCUGUCAUUUGAACGUCUAAGUGACCAUGUCAAAUUAGUUUCGAGCCACUUAUCAUGUCACUGUUUUUCAAUUUUACGGCCUCAGGCUCAUCAAUUUUGUUUAGCAUUAAGGGCAUUAUUUUGAGGUUGCUGACAGGCUCCUGACAGUUUCUAAAUGAUGUUUCACAUCUUCCACCGGUUCAUUCGUUAAAAGCCUGGCUUUUGGCCAGAUGUCGCUUCACUUGCCAGAGCAAGCACAGAGUCAGUCUGGCUUCUCUGCAUGCAUGACAUCCACUACCUCCACCGGUACUGAUGAAGUUACUUGACUGCUCUCACAUUAGUGAGAUGGAGCUUUUACAAAUGUAAGUGCUGUGAUUAGUACUCUGAGGCGCAUCUACGGCCUGAGCAGCAUGAAGUCAUGGGGAUUUUUUCAAGGCCAUUUAUGCCGGCCGAUGACUCAAGAUAAAACCACCCUGAUCGAUAGAGGGAUCGGUUUGAGAGCGCUAUCAGUCUUCAUUUUUAUUCCCCUCUUUCACCCUGCCUCUCAAAUAAAGCAAAGAUAUGUCUCAUAUGUUGUACAUCAGGUGAGACUGAGGGAAUGUGGAUUAAAUGGAACUCAAAAGAGUGUGCAGUUUUGGAGAUUUAUGAUCUUGUGUUGUUUUCCCUACAGCAAAGAUCCAGUACCAGCCAGCCCUGCCCAGCCACAGAGAAUUCCUCACUCAGAACAUGCCUGUGGGCCACAUGAUAAAAUUCAUUAUUACCUACCAGACGGUGAGUAGCAGAAAAUAAAUCACCACAUAACUGAGGUUUGCAUGAAUACUGUUGAUACCGGUGCAGAAACAAACCUUGUAAACAUUAAGUCUUUGUCUUCUCAACAUUUGUUGCAGCUUGUAUGUCUUAGUCUCCCUCAAAGGGCUUAUCUCUGAAUAAUCUGACAUCAUUUGAAUGUUUCAUGAACCGAACAUUUGGGACUUUUGACGACAAAACAGAAAACACUUUUUUAGGUGUUAUUUAAAACCAUUUGUUACCACAUGAUGCGAUUCAGGACACUUGUCUGUUGCUCUUUUCAGCAAAGCGAUUUAUGAGUGGACAGUGAGCUAAUGAUGGCGACUUCAUGUUUCAUAAUUGAUCGUUCCCUGCCAGGACUCUUGCAUACUCACGCUGGGUUAUAUGUAUGGGGAUGUUUGAAUAAGCAGGAGAGGAAAUUACAAUAUAUUACACAUUACUGCUCAACUGAAUUAGUGAGGGGAAUAAGACCGAUGAGAGGGGUGCCGUGUUUUCUCCCCUGUAAAAUGCCAGAGUGUUCCCCCAGCAGUGGCAUCAGCUGAAUCGAGGGGAAAAUGGUUUUUAAAUAUGUAUUUGUUUACCUUCUUUAUAGCAUCGAGAGCCUGUGGCAGACAGCAGCAGACUUUGUACAAAAGAGCUUCUGGCACCAGAGACUUGAUUUGUUUAAUCUUUUCCAUUCUGCACUUUACAAGCACACAUUUAAUUAACAAAUUGCCCUCACCUUGUUAGUAGAUUAAAUUUGUCUACUGUAAUGAACACAAAAUCAUUUGUCCUCAUGCAAACUCUUAUGAGAUCUCUGUCUUGGUGUCCUGCCAGGAUGCCUUCAAAUACUGAAAUAGAAAUGAAUAUACCAGCCACUGAUGUGACGUGUUCGAUCCUCCAGUCUGAGACGUUUGUUAGGCUGCUGCAACAUCAUUGGUGGGCUUACCACGUAGCUAGGGUUUGGACUUAAGUGACUGAAACAUAUAUAUAUAUAUAUAUAUAUAUAUAUAUAUAUAUAUAUAUAUAUAUAUAUAUAUAUAAUUUAUUUAUUUAUUUUACUAAAACAGCACAGGGGAAUUAAAGGUUUGACGUUUCGUAUCUUCAUCCCUCAAAUACAGUAAAGCCAUCAGCCGGUGGGGGUGCAGAACAAACAUUUAAAGCUUUUAAAACCUUUGAGAUACUAUAAGACUGAAGCUGAAAACUUUUGUCAAACUUUACAACUGUGUCCAAAAGUUUGUGGUGCACCAAAGUUAACCCUCCCUCAAUUUGUUUAAGUGUUUGAAAUUCCAUCCGUAAUUUAUGGACCGUAUAAAUUCAACCUCAAAUGAACUUAAUUGGCAUAAAUGUCAAAACAAUAUUGAAAAGCAUCACAUGAAACAAAAUACAAGCUCUUCAUUAAUUGAAACGGAGAAGCCCAGCACCACAGAAGAAGAGUGUGUAUGAGGCGGCAUGUGUUGGUGUCGUAUCGAUCUGCCAUAAAAACUGAUAUUUAUAGAGAGAAGAGAACUGCUUCAGUCAGUCAGUACUUGUUGAACUAUUCUUGAGGGUACAGGGUAUGUUUGGGAAAUGUUCCAGUUUGUCUCUCUGGACCCGGGUUCGGGAGGUGUCUCAGUUUGUCCUUGAGUAUCCCGGUCAGGUCAUGUGAUGUCGUCUAACAUCUGUGAUUUGGUCAUUUCUUGUUUUCACUUUGUCACACAUCGUGUCUCCUUUUAUUUCUCGUUAGUUUCACCUCUGAGUGUAUUUAGUCACUGACCCUCUGGGCCAGUUGGUUAAGUCUGUUUUCACACCUGUUUUUGCCUGUUUUGUUGGACCGUGUUAUUUUCCUUUGGAUGCUGAUUUCCCUGGACUCUGACAGAGGAAGCUUUUGUUUCGGCCUUGUUGUUCAUAAGAUCUAUUUUGAUGGUCACCAUCUGGGCUCUCUUCCUUUCUAUUACAGCCCAACAACAUGACAAUCUGUCCUCUGUCACACCGUGAGUAGACUGUCAUCUUCUGUUGCAGCCACCUCUGUCUAAGGCCAGCUCUCUCUGUACAAGGACUGUUUACUCUGGUGGCAAAACCCCAAAUCCAGAUGAGUUAGGAGUGUAUAAAAUGUGGAUUAGAAGUGAAAUUGAUUGUAGAAUGAGCUGUUCAUCAAUGCUUUAGAUGACUCAUUCAGAGCCAACUUGUCACUAAUAUUCAUGCUUUUUUUUCUUUUCUUACACCAGUCAAUGCUUUCAGCCGUCCUUAACAUCUGUCAGUGAGCUUUAUACAUGUCAUGUUAACAUAUGAUCUGUCCAGUCAUGGGUCAUAUAUAUUCUGUAUUCUGUAAGAAAAUCAGCUGAAGUUGUAAUUUACAACAAUUUGGUCAUUUAUCGCAUCAGUUCCUCUCACUUUCCUUUUUUUUUCAGUUAGCUUGUUAAUAGUCGAGUAUCGUCCGGCUGUCCUGAGGCUGUCUUGGACUUGAUCAUGGAUGGACUAAAUUCGGGUUUUAGUCUUUGGUACACGGUGCUCAGAGAAAGAAGCUUAAUGCCAAACUCAAAGCACUGACUUUUUGAACAAUGCCAGCAGGUCCAAAAUCUCAGAGUAAUAUUUGAUUCAGACUUUAGCUUUGAGCCACAUAAGAGAGAGAGACCCCACAAAAAGCUUUUGACCACCUGAAAAAUAAUGUUAGAGUACAACCGUGUCUCUCUGAAGCCAAUGUAGAGACUAGUUCAUGCUUUUAUCACAUGCAGAAAUGACUAUUGUAAUCCUCUUAUUCUGGUCUAACUAAAAAGAACAUCUCUCAGCUUCAGCUGCUCGAUGCUGACGAUAUGAGCCUGCGGGAAACCUCAGGUCUUCAGGUCUUUUAAAAGUUUCUAAAGUAAAAAGGAAGAGUCAGAGUGAAGCAGCUUCUUAUUAUUACGGCCCAGGUCUGUGGAACAGCCUAUCUGAAGACCUGAGGAUGGCACAGAGUCUCCAUGUUUGUAAAAGCACCAGUCUGGCUUUUAACUGAAUGUUAUUUCUUUUGCUGACCGAGGGUUAGUUUCAUUUUAUUGAUCUUAUUUUGUGAGUAUUAUUUUUAAAUUUGUUCUCUUAUACCAUAUCUUAUAAUUAUUUAUGUAUUUAUACUGCUCUACUGUCCUUUUUGUAUUUUUCAUGACUAACAUUUAACACUCUAUUAUACCUCUUUAUUUCCUCUUUAAGCACUUGUGAUGGUGUUCUCUCAGUUUGGUCAGUUUUGAUUGAUUGAUUGAUUUUAAAGUUGUUAUUAUCAUUUUUCCUUCCUUUUCUUAUUAUGAACAGCACUUUGCCUGACACCAUCAUUGUAUGAAUAGUGCUUUAUAAAUAAAUAAAUAAAGAAAUAGUGAUUGAUUGCUUAAUGUCGGGUCUGUGCAGAAGGCCUUAGGUCUGUCUGGCUCACAGAGAUGGUUCCUUCAGCUCUCGGCAGGUCAGGGCUAAGAGGUUACAUAAACGUGGGUGUUUGCAAAAUUUAAUUGAACCCUUAUCUGUGGGGACCAUGCUGUGCUCUGCUUACAUUGUUUGGUUAUUUCCCCUGGACAUGGAGGAUGUUUGGAGAGGACUUGGCAUGGAGAUACUCUGUGACGGUUUUAUCCAGUUCGUCAAAUUCAGUUUCUGGUUUUAGUCGGAAACAAGUUACCACAACCAAAAAGAAAGCAGUUCUUGUUCUAAAAAAAAAAUAAAAUAUAUAUAUAUAUAUAUAUAUAAUUUCAACUACUUCUCAGUAUGAACUUGUAGACAACAAGAAAAACAUAAUUUUCAUCUGAGUGGGUCUUUAAACCAGAUUCAGUAGGUUUUGUUUUUCGAAGUCACUGUUUUGCUGUUUUGCUGUUUUUAGGUUCGCUCCUGUUUUCAGUCUUGCCUGUGAAGAUAGGACUGGGACAUCUGUGGCUGACAGGUUGAGUGGGUUGUGUCAGUUUGGCAUUGGUGAUCAGUAAUGAUGAUGACAGUGACAAUAUUGGGAGUAAUUAGGAUUGUGGAUGAUGAUUGAGGUGUUAAAGACGUUAACGAAAAUAACAAUUGAAAGGUUGCAGCUUCCAGACAACUUGUGCAUUGCCUCUAUUUAGUUACUGCAUAUCAGAACCAGGACCUACUUAUGCUGUUCUUUCCUGUCUAGCCAAUACUAGCAACUACUUAUUAACUGAAAAAACAAAAUGCACCACUUCAGAAGCUACAUAGCCUUCUAAAGACUCGGAGAACCAAAGUCUUGUCUUUGUAACUUCAGUCAAACUAAAUAUCUGGUGUGUUAUAUUUUAGUUUUUCUGUCUCUGAUCUCUAACAUUGCUGAGUUUUGGUUUCUUAUUUGUUUGUUUUCCUAUCCUGUUAAAGUUUAAUUCUCAGGUCUGAGAGGUGAGAAACGCUUGAGCGUGUAAAAGGCAAUUAAGGCUGUUUUAGUACACACGAAUUCGAUCGUCCUGAUGUAUACUUACAAUCCGCGGUUCAAACCCGUGUAUUGUAAGUGUUUGUAUGGUGGGUGGAGAUGCACAGUGACCCUGAUCAAAAGCAAAAACAUGUUAAAAAUAUUUAUCACAAAAAACGAAGCACUGAAGUGUUUUUCCUUUGGCAAAGACCCUUUCAGAUGUAUUUUUCAGCUCUCAAAAGUGCUUUAACUCAGAAAUGUCAUCGACUGCACUUCUGAAAGACCUAAAUGGCGUGGUGGACAACUGCACCGUAUCUACAGGGAACACUGGGUUGUUGAUAUUGCCUUUAAGCCCCGGGGCAAACAUGUUUUUGCAGAGUGGUAUUUGCUGUUUGAUGAUCUGAAGGUACUUCUAUGAAAUGAACAAAGUGAAAACGGCUGAAUGAGGAAUGUUUCUGAUUAUUCAGGGGAACUCACCUUGAGAUAAUUCUCAAUAAGAAAUUUCCCAAGUUCAUAUUCCCAUAAUUAGCAUAUAUUGCACCUCAUUUAUCAUUCAGCAAAAGCACAAUCGUGGGAUGCCUCCGAGGCUCAACAAACUCUAAAUGACAAAGCAGCCGACUUCACUCUUGGAGACGAGCCUGAGUCUCCAUUUCUUCAGAUUUUUUCUAAGAUUGUGUGUGUUCUUAUUUCUCUGUUUGUGGUUGAACACAACAAAUUUGUUUGACAUUUAGUCGGGUUCAGAAUAACAGCAAUAACGGCGGUAAUGAUAGAGGUCAGAGUAAUGAUGGCCCACCAGCUCGGAAACAAAGAUAAUUCUGAUGUUUGCAAUUGGAGUCAAGCAGGUCUACAGCAGCGUGGUCUGCAAUAACAACCUCAGGAAACCUGCACAGUUACUCUAUCAAAGGUUCAAAGACAAACCUAUUAUCAGGACCUCAAUUUAAAAACGGAGCUUGGUGAAUCAGGUCCUCCUUAGCAUUAAGACUGAAGCGGCGUAACCAGAUGUUGUUCUGAAUCAAAUCGGACCAGCCCUGACUGUUGAACAGAAACCUUCACCUGCAAAAGAAGCUGUUCUUCAGGACAGGAUCUUUCAGGAGAUUCAAGGAACCACAUGCAGGACUCCAUUCUAAGUGGGUAAUGGUCGAUUACUCCUCAAGCCAGCCAUGUGAGCGGUGUGUGACAGCUGCACGCCGUCUGCACAUGCCGACACGUGUUGAUGUUCUGGCAGCUGGCCGCUCAAUCCAAGCCGUGUACGGUUCUUUGACAGCUGACAGGUUAUUGAUCUUGUAUCAACAAUAUUUACAUCCAGAUCAUGGCAACACAUCAUUUACAAAGGGGAGGCCUGAUCUGGUUCUGCAUUUGGAAAAGAUCUGAAAUCUAUUAUAAAAUACAUUUCUUCUUGGUUUAAAGUAAAUUACAAAAAAUUAUAAUAUUAGUACUUUUAGCCGCUCGUAUAGAUAUAACUGGUCAUGGUUUGCAGCGUAUAUACUUCUGAAUGAGACCAAGUGCCAUUGCAUCUGAUAUGACACAGAAGUCCUAUUACAAAAAUAUUAAAAAGAUUAAAUCUAUUAAAUGCAUCAGUAAAAAAACAGGUUUGGCUUUGAUAAUUCACAUGUAGACACAAACAGACACAAAGAAUAUAUCCUGUUACCCUAUAUUACCCGCUAGGCCUGAACGAUAUAUCGUUUGACUAUCGUCAUCGCGAUGUACGUGUGUGCGAUACUCACAUCACAGAGCCUGCGAUAUUGGAGGUGAAUUAACUCAUUUAAUUUCAAGGGUAACUGACUGAGAUACACUCCAUGUGACUCUGCAUGUGCUGUGCAGCGAUCCACCAAUCGCCUUCGUCCUUAACUCAGUUGCCAAUCAGACUCACUUCUCAGUUGCCAAUCAGACUACCCUGCCAGCUGUCAAUCAAAAUCAGGGAGGAGAAAACCCACCCCUGCACAUGUUCUGCACAUGGAGGGAGACGUGUGUCCGCUGAGAAUUACUUUCGGAACUUUACUCAUGACUAUUAAGCCCAACAAAUAAGAACUGUAUGGGUUUUAAAGUGUACAUUUCCGUGGACCACUCUACUAUAAGCAGUGCGCGUUUUGCGAGGUGCAUGCAAUUCUCGGAGGACAUGCGUUUCUCGGCACAACACCGCUAACAACAACAACAACGAUCGCAAAAUGAACAACGAACAAGCGAAAACCACCGAAAAUGAAGAUUUGUUGCCAAAAAGAAAAGGAAAGUCAGUUAUCUGGAAUUAUUUCGGUUAAAAGAAGGAUGAUGUCGACCAAAACACGUCUUCUGUGUUCAUCUGUUGCCACAAUAACGUCCCAGCACAAUAAAAGCUAAAAAUAUCUCUGAGACAGACAGAAGCCGUUCUACUAACAUUCACAAAAAGAGGUAAGAUCAGAGCAGAUUAACUGUCCUCAAGAUUUCAGCAGUGCAGCAUAACAUUAAGUGAUAUUCAGGUCAUCUGGUGAAAAUACUGUAUUUUUAAUAUCGCAAUAUAUAUCGCAGGGUUGAAAAAAUCGCAAUAUUAUUUUUUUCCAAUAUCGUGCAGCCUUAUUACCCGCUUUCUCUCAAACAGGCUGAAACACUUUGCAUCAUGAUUUGCUGGUUGAUUGAGAGCAGCGUGGAUAAAACCCACUAAUCUGUGUGGUGAAUCCGACUCUUUAAGAGAGUAAGACUAUUUCAUUAAUGUUUUAGUAUCUACGUGCUGUGAAGGUCUAUGUGUAAAAAUAAAAUCACACCUCGUUUAAGUUUAGACCAAUGCACAAGGCAUGCAACCCAUUCAUCCCGUAAGCCGAGGUCUCAGUGAGCAGCCAUGCUUGAGAGCUAACCGAAGGGAAGUGUGCUGUGCAAAUUAACCUUUUUUUAAAUACAACAUGAGUCACUGACAUCUACUCUAAAGGACCUGAGGAAUUAAUUCAGAAGUGAAAACUAAAUACAGCAACUAUGAACUUAGCUUCCCCUUAGAUUCCCAGCAGGUGGAAAUCCGACACUUUGAUAGCAGCUGGCAGCAAAGAGAGAACAUGGAGCUGACUUUGCAGUUCGCUGGGAUACUCUUGUCACAUCACUUGUGCAAAGUGAAGGAUUUUACUUUUCCAGGACACAGUUUCCUGUCUGAGGUGAUGUACUCCACAGCAGGGGACAAAUCCAGGAUCAUAAAGUUGUCCCAAAAUCCAAUACACCUAUGUCUUCACUAACCUGGGACUUGGUUUCCUUUCUUUGUUGGGUCAUUUGCCAGGGCACCGCCUGCAGCAGCUGUGUCCUAUCUGCAUUAUAUAGAGCUUAUAUUGAGCUUAUGUGCAGUCAGUCUGUUCUACAGCCUGAGGGAACCCUGUAAUAAGGCAAACCUGUUUUCAGCAGUGAAUUAUCGUGGGUCAGCAGGGCAGGUGACAGGUGACACCGGGUUCACUGAGGUAGAAUGUCCAUGUGUCACCCCAAACAACAUCCAGUAAUGCUGCAACUAUGACCAAGUCGCUGAUACAGGCCUGACAAGGGCAGGAUUCUCGCUGUGACUGUGUGUGUUUGCAGGACUCAAUCAAGCAAUCUUGUGCAGCAUGCUGUGCACUGGUUUUGCCAGGAGCUGCCCCUCCUCCUCCUCCUCCUCCUCCUCCUCCGAGUGUCUUCUGAGGUCCAGGAUUGGAUGAAGAUGUGCCACGUUACUUCACGCUUGUUGAUCAUACAAAUUGGCCUCCCUGACAGUUUUCUUUGGCAAGACAGCCGAGAUGUUCUGAAAAAACAAACUGAAACAAACAAAAAAUAACAGCCAAGAGUCAAAUUCUGUGAUUCAAAAUGCUUUUGCUACUUAAAAUUUAAACAGCAAGAAAUUGGCCUUUCAUAAUUCUUAUUGCGACACAUGAGAGAGUGCAGGCACACUACAGCGCACAGAUAAGUUUGGAUUUUUCCUUUUUUAUAAUUAAGUUAAAUUAUUCCAGGAAUUAUUAAGUGAAUUCUGUUCGAAAACUCGUCAGUAUUCAUCAUCAUAAAAACUAAAAUCUAAAAAACUCAGGGCCUGAUUCCCUAGGAACGGAUUGAAGCCUCUGAUAGAACUGUAUUCCUGCGCUCUCUGCUCCGACUCAAGGUCUACUUCACUAUUCAAAUAGCACUAAUGGUAUUCAAGACCAAAAAGGCCCACAAAGUUCUUCAGCUCUGUGCUGUUUACUCGACAUUUGCAUUUUAUCGUGACCUAGGUGAGGUGGAUUCAUCUCUACGCCCUGCUGCAGAGAGCUGCCCUGUGCACUCUCAUCCUGAAGGCUCUUAAUUCCACCCUUACAGGUGAUGAUCUGGAUUACAGGGAGACUCCUUACCUCGGGUCCUGGACUAUGUCACUUUAUCCUCGUUGUAGAAGUCCUGCAAACAUUGUGUUUGCUGGUAGUCUGUUGGCAUCUACAGUAGCACCAAUGCUUUUGACUUUCACCUUGACUGGGCCCCAUUUGUAAUGAUCUGAAGUAUUUAUCUGCAUUAUACCUGAAUUUAAUUGGAACGAUACGAGCGAGCAGGAGCGUCUGUUUGUGGGCAGGGCUUGAGGGGAGGGGAGGAGCUAAGGGGAAAACUGGUUGGGAGGGGUAGAGUUUACAUUCAAGAUUUCUCCCAACUUCCUCAGAUCCUGACUACAACACCUUUAACCCUUGAUUAUUAAAAAAAAAAGGUGUGCACAUGUUCUACUUUUAGGUCAUUUAAAGGUGGAAUUGUGAUAACUGUGAUUGUGUUAACUGGAGAGUUUGUGCAUAACUAUAUUUUUAAAUACUCACAUAAUUACCACCAAAUCUCAGCAGACAGUAAAUAUUAUACACUAAAUGCACCAGGCUGUCAAAGCCAGUUUUUGAGAUUAUUAUUAUUAUUUUUUUGUUUGUUUGUUUUACAAUGAGGCAUAUUUGCAUAGAAAGGGUCCACUUUGGCUCCAAAUAUAUGCAUAAUGACUCAUUAAAAUGUACGCCCAAGUUACUGGAACAUCAGGACAGAAUUUGUUCUGCAGGGUAAUCGGUGAAACAUUUAAUUUUUUGCCUCUGAUUUGUGAUUGAUCAGAUGUUUUUCUGACCCAUUUGCAAAGGUGAAGCAGACCAAAAAAAUGUGCAGUUCUCCAGUGAAUCAAUCUCCAGUGUUCUUACGCUUGGAUUGUUUGGAGACGGUCCAGAAGACGUGUCAUUUGCAAACACAGCACAUGCAGCGAGCAGAGAUCACUCAAAGGUGUUCUCAGUUUUCUUCCAAUUAAACCCUGCUCACUGUUUGUUUGCAGUAAGAACAUAAUCCACCCAGCAACCAGUACAAACAGCUGCCUGACUCAUCCCACUGGUGGUAGUAGGCUUAUCAUAAUAGAUGCUCUAAAUACAGAAACUAGAAAAAGACAGUGACCCACGACUCAUUUUGUUGGAAAGUUACCUGGCUAAUGCUGGUUGGUGUGUUUGAGUGGCCUUUCCAUAUUCAGUUGUGAUGAUUGUGCAUGGCUGUUCUGACCUGUGCGGUGGCAAAAUGUGGCUGUGACUUAAUCCUCAUUAUCCUCAUGAUGCGGCCUUAUUAGUUGAGUUUUCUCCUGGUUUUGUAACUUUAUUUUAUUUUCCAACUGUUUCUGUUUUUCUUUAGUUUUUCACUGUUUGAUUUCAGGGAAUCAAAAGGCAUAAGAAGUGGAUAUAAAAAUGUUAGAUUCAUUGUAAAUUCACACAUUGACAAGAUAUUCAGAGGGAAUCUGCACGGAUGGAUAAAUGGAAACUCAUUAAAAAUACAAACACAUCCGGAUGCAGGCAUGCUUAUGCAAAUGUAAAUGCACAACCAGAACCACGGUAGUUUUGGCUGAUCCAAGAACUGCUGCAAUAAUUCUUCUGGUAGUAAGAUUAAGAUCAUCCAAAAGGAGCACUAUGCAUUGCCUGGAAAUGUCACAGUGAAAUGUCAUUUGGUGCACACUCAAAACAGUCUGCUCUCUUUUUAGUAUUUGCAGCCACACGGUUGCUAAAAGGCUACACAUCGUGUGUGCAAGAGGGUCAAAUAUUUAUUAUUUUAUGAGAUAUAUGGAAGUCUCGUGCUAUUUAAGGAGGAAAUUAUACAAUCAGUCUUAAACAAGUCAGUGUUACAUUUAGGACCCUAAGCUCCGCUGUAAAUGGAUGAGUGCAUGUGUUUUCAGCUCAGAUCUAUGAUCUUUAAUUUGAUGGUUUCAGUGCUGGUCUGCUUCAAUGAGACCUAGUGUGCACCCUCUCCAUAAUGGAAGAAGCAAAACAGCCCGGCCUAUUCAAUCUUGUGGAUCUCUCAGUUAUAACUAUGAGGCUUUCUUCCCACACAUGCACUGUAUCCAAGCCUUUUUACUACUAAAGACUAUCACUGGGAUGGUGGGAAUUAUUAAAUCUUGCAGUAACCCUGACAAGCACUGAAGAUUUGUUUGAAACACAUGAAGGACGGCUCUGAUUGAAUAAAUUCUUAAGUGCAAACUUCCCUCAUUGUUAUUGAUGUUGUUUAAGUGGAAAACAGAAGGUAUCUGUACACGUGUAAGAAAUGAACAAAAACACACAGUUGUCUUUUUCCACAGAAUGUUCUUGGGGGAGGCUCCCAGAAGGAAGAGCGUUGCGUUUGGUCCUUUGUGAAGCCUUUCACAGUGAUCAGCAGACGUUUCUCUGAUAUCACCUGUUAAUGUGACCAUGUCAGCGACCCCAAUACCCAGCAAUGACGAAUUCGUUUUAGGAUACAUGUUUUUCAACGAAUCGAAUGGAGUUCAGUGGUGUGCUCAAGGGUGGUGACAAAGUAUCUCCACAUAAUGUCAACUGAGUUUUUGUCUCUUCACAGUAAAUCAGUUCAGGAAAAGAAAUGUCUCAGUGAAUAUCAGGGACAUGAUGAAUGAAAUCACUUUCGCAGGUUUUUAAUGUCAGCGAGCUUUCUGUUGCGUUCCGGUCUCUUCAGACACUCAGACUGAAGGUAACAGCGUUAUGAUUUGAGUGCUUGUGCAUGUGAUUUGAGGUUGUUUGCUUUUCUAUUUCUCUUCAGGCUUUCUGGAAGGACAAAGGCUUCUCUGGAGAAAUAGUGACGGGAUCCUCCACUGACUGUCCAUUCUGUGUGACCUUUGAUGCCACCAGCCCCAGCGGUAACGCCGCGUUGGUGGGUUUUUUCGCAGGGGAGCUGGCAACGCAUUGGACAUCAAGAGAGGUAGUGGCUCUUUGACACAGAUUCAGACAUUAUGACCACUAAACAACUCUGAAUCUCACCUCACAGCAGUACCUGUCAGUUAAGGGGAUAUGUGAGGGAGCAAGUGAUCGUUUGUGUUCAAAGUAGACGUGUUGGUAGGCGGACAAAUGGACAAGCAGAAGGAUGUAAGAGAUUGUCUGUGGCUCGCUGUCUGGCUCUGAGCAUCCUCGGGGCUGCAGAUCUGAUGGGGUGUUCCAGGUUUGCAGAGGUCUGUGCCAAACCAAAGUGGACCGAGGACUGAAAACUGUUUAUUGGGUUCUGGGAGUUUCCUGAUGCCUGUGCUGAGCAGAGGAUGGGUUAGUAAAACUCGCUGCUGCGAUAGUUAACAUUGGUUCUGAGAGAGAGCACUGCAUAGUGACAGACCAGUCACUUUGCACCAAGGUUCUUACAAUGGCCCCAUGACUAUCAGGAUUGGACCACAGAGCGAUGGAAGAUGGUGACUUAAAGAAAAAAACGUGUUCGCUUUUUUCCUAGUUCUCAAUCCAAUCAAGAAUCUGUGAUGGACGGUCAAAUCUGAUCCAUGGAGGCCCCACCUUAAAACGUACAGGGCUUGGAUUAUGACUUAAAGUAUUAAAAGUUCAUUAAAGAUUUAUCAACAUUUAAUGUGCCGUAAAGCAUUGACUUAAAUCUGAGUCACAGCACAACAUGGCACCAUGUGAAGAGAGUAAGGUCCAAGCCAUCUGACCCUAAACCAUAAGACAGAGAUACUCCGUUAUCUUCAGAGUUUCCAUUUUUUAGUCCAAUGAUUUCGCUCAGAAAUCCACUUUCUGGCAUUAUAAGAUGAUUUCCUAUGAUCAAUAAAUUCAUUUAAAAUCCAGAAAUGUUCAACCUUGGUCAAGGCUCCAUAACCAAGAAUUACUGCAUCAGUAUAUCAGAGUUCAGGUGUUUUGCUUUGAUGGCGGCCUCCAGCUGUUCUGUAUUUUUUUAGUGUUUCUCAUCCUCCUCUUGACAAAUAUCCCAGAGAUCACAGACUUGAAACCAGUGGGCAUGAGAUUUUCCACCAAGAGCCAUUCUUGAUCUCUAACAAGUUGCCUGGCGAAAUGUCAAAGAUUUCAUUAGCUUAACUCUAAAGUCUGCAUUUUUAUGAGACACAGAGUUAAUGAAAUGAAGCGUGGGCAUGUCGCUGCCUUUGUUGGCAUUAAACCCCGGUGCGUAGCAGCAGUAGGAUUGUAGGCUUAUGCUCUCGUGUUUUCUCUCACGCAUGUUCAGGGUUAACCAUGGUUGAUGUCCUAGGUUGUGACAAAGCCAACAUUGUGUGCAUUGUCGUAAUGAUGUUUGUGUGUUGAACAUAUUCCUCAGGGACAGAAUUCAGAAAACUGCAUGUGAGACUGAAAAAGUGCAGCAUAUAACUGCAGCGGGAUCGCUGCUGUCUUUAAUGAACUAUAGUGGGUGGAGCUGUACAGGUUUUUUAAGAUUUACAGUCAACACUCUUUGGUUGUUGUCAGGAAAAUAAAGAGUAGUUUUUUUGUAAUGGAUAUCCUCGUAGUAACACAAUUUUAAGCGCUGAUUAAUUCUCCCUGCAACAGAUUCAGCACAGGGUCCUUACAGGCUGAUUUUUGGUUAUGCUGCACAGUGAUAAGGUUCAUAAGGUUCAUACGUAACCAGUAAUUGAAUACUGCCAUAGAAAGCUGUAAUUGUCCUGGUCUCCCAUGCACUCUUUUUGCACACCCUGACCUCUUUCUUUUCCUUGUUUUCCUCAGUGUUGACAUUUUCAUUUAGUCCCAGUGCUUUCUCUCUACCUGAAAAAUAAAUAAAUCCAGCAUUGUCUCUUGUGUUGUUUUGGCAUUUGGUCAUUAGCCUGACUUGCUACAGCGCUCCAGAGCUGCUGUCUCCCUGCUGUGCUGUGCUGUGCUGCACAAGCUGCUAAAUAAUUAACCCCUGCUCGCUGACUCUCGCUGCUAAACAGAGGAACAAACUGUUAGUGUAUGUGUGACAGGUAGACGUCAUUUACAGGGAGAGAAUGUGCAGUUUAGAUAUGGUUCUAAUAUAUACAUCAAUUUUUUAGUUAAAGCUCCACUCAGGAGUUUUGAGACACAAAAAGAAUUUAUAUAGUCCAAAGAUCCACACUGGGACACAUGUUUGAGUGUUGAAAAGACAGAGUAGGAUUAUUCAACAUAAAUUACACAUGAAGAGAAGCGGAUAAACAUAGAGAACAAAGGUACUGCUUGGUUCAUGGGGGGUGCCAAGCCAGAAAAAACACAAACUUUUCUUACAGGACCUUUACAGAACAGAAAUUUAACAUGAUCAUAUAUAAUCGCCCAGUCUAUAUCCAAAUAAACACAAAGUCAACCAAUAAUAUCAAAUGUAAAUGGCUGUCUGUUGUUUUCAGGAAUCUGGUGAGUCUGUACACGAGGGGUGCUUCAGUGCAUCCAAAACAGACAGGACUCUGUAUUGGAAAUCAUGGCACUUUGCACAGUUAACACACAUUUUGUCACUGCUACCAUGCAAAGAGGAAACCACAAAAAUAUGAUUCGCCACAAAAUAGGAUCUCAAGACGCUUAACAAAAACAGCUGGGCUAGAACAAACUCUGAAUGAUAUUUACAGGAAGACCCAAUGUGAGGAUGAGAUCAGAUUAAGUCUCAUCUAGUAGGAACAUAUACAUGGAGAGGAAACAUAAUCCUUUGUAACCAGACUCAUGUUGGUCAUCUGGCUGUGGGAGACCAUGAGAACGUGACAAGAUGAGUUGAGGUGGGAUUGACCAUGAUCAGAGAAAGAGGGAAGGAAAUAACCCUAAAUGACCGAGGGAGAUGAAGAAAGAGACGGACAGAGACCAACAACAUCAACAACUAAAACAUUCAAAUCUAAAAUCUUUCAGUAUUUGAUUUGUUGUCUUUACUCUAAGCUGUAGAUGAGUUUCAAACGGUCAUAUUUGUUUUUAUUAGACCUCUGAGAGCAGUUUGCUUUGACUCGUCAGAGUUGACCUGAAGGACUGUAUUGAGGUACUGUGCCCUCAGUGCAUCUCAGAGCAAUAACUUUACUGUACUUUAAGUUAAAGGUAAAGUGACAGAGAUGAGGAACCUUAGAAAAUUUAGCAACAUCUGUCCGCAUGAUUUAUGGAGAUGUGUCCUAGCAGCCCUCAGGCCUUAGCUGCUCUGUAUAUAACUCACCGCGGCCACUAAUGCAACCAGGACUGUGAGCUGACCAUGUUUGAGUUAUUCAAAUUGACUGCUGCUCCCUGUGUCCAGCGUGGAAUGGCUCUAGAAAAGGCAUUCAUAAUUCAGCAGCCUGCUGUUACGAUUCUGAGUGAUGAGCCGGUGUAAUGUAAGUACCAUGUUGGCUCAGGAGUUUUCUUUUGUUUGCAGGGUGGAGAGAGAAGAGAAGCUGUGGUUUCCAGCCUGGUCAAAUACCUGGGCCCUGAGGCUGCAUCUUUUAUCCACUAUGAAGAGAAAGUAAGUGGUUCUGUUGCGAGUAUGUGGUGUAAUAACAGCACAAUGAUUUGGUUUCAGGCAGAGAUGAGUAUUGCUUUUUACGGUCUCAUUUUUACCAGGAUAGUCACCUGAACUUGGACAAAUUACUUAAUUGAAAGACAUCACAGGGUAGUAAAUACACGGCAAAUGAGUUUGGUAGUAGGCAAUGUCCUUCAGUUACCUCAGUAAAUCAGCAAAGACAGCACUGUGGAGAGCAUUGUGGGAGAGUUUAAGCUUAAUUAUAAGUGAAGUCAAAAGGACUUUUACAGUUUCAUCUCCCAAAAGUGUUAAGAGAGGGAAUAUUUGACUGAGAUGUGAUAACUAAAGAAUACAACACAAUGUAAUACAAGAGCUUUAUUGAUCCCUAAAGAGAAACUUCUUUGUCUGGAAUCUCAAUCUUUGGUCCUUCAAGGUGUUUUGAAGUGGAUGAUCCAUAUUACAAGUGCCUCAGGAUUUUGAGUUUGUGUACCAGCAACACUAUCAUGGAGAACACUGCAUGGAAUUUCAGCUGUUGUCUGGAGUGUGAUUUAUACAAGUGUUACUAGGAUAUGACUGAACUCCAUUAGAACAAACUAUGGCCAACAGUUCAAUAUCUGGACAACACAACUUCUCCUUAAGUUGUGUGUGAAAGGUUACACCAUCUCUGCCUGAUCCUAUGAGAGUGAAGCCAGGUAGAUCCACACAGGAGACUGCACUCACAGUACGCUUUCUCAGUCUUCACCAAUACUAGGCAGAGAAUUGAUGUUUCACAUGAUGACUGAUGGAAGAAAGAGUUUACAGCUCCAUAUCCUUCACCUUUGCACCAGUACGGCAACCGCGAUAACACCACCUGAUGUCCUCUGGAAUUGUUGUUGUUGUCCAGAUUUGUUAUAAUGAAAGAAGCUCUUCUCUUGAGUAAAGUCUUCUCCUAGCAGAAAAAUCCAUCAGCAGCCGACAAAACACGAAAAUUCAGAUGGACCCGACUUUGCUGCUCCUCGUUUUAGAGCAGGUUCGAGGAAAUGUGAAGGUGGAAGAAACUAACGUAUGACUGUUGGUAUGAUUAUUUUUACCCGCAGUCUACGACCACAAACAUGAACACAGACUGCAACACUCUCCUUUGGCUAAUACCUCUUGUUAUUCUACAAACGUUGUGGUGCUUAAAUCCAUCCAAACGGCAACACUUCCUAACAGCACAUUUUAUACUUCUUUGUCCAUUUUGUCAUCUGGGUUGUGAAAAUCUCAGGUGGAUUUUACAAAAACGCUGAGAACACAAAAACAUGGUCAUGUUAUAAGCACGGGGAGGAGAAAUACUAAAUGCUAUGUGCUUUCAAAAAAGCUGCUCAGUUGCAUUUAAUGUGUAGGAGACCUAUACUCUGAAACGGCACACCAGUAAAUACAGAGCAGAUUUAUGUAUUUAGUCUCUCGUCUGCCCUUUUCUCCAUUCACUGUCGAACAGCGAGAUGGGGCAGGAAAUUGCCUUGAGAAAAUGCCAGGCAGGGAUGCUAACAGAGACAUCAUGAUUGUCCUUUGUACACUCAACAGGAGCAAAAAAAUUAUAGAAUUUGAACAAAAUGAAAAUGGGUAGAUUGCUGGGAGACAUAAUUGGCCUUUUUUAAGAGGACCAAUGACAGUCUGGUAAACAAAACCACAAAUCUGCUCUGCAUGACCGCUGUGUGCUGUUUCAGGGUCUGACGGUACGAGCUGGAAUGGGACAAAGGAGCUAUUUUGAGUGCAAGUGGCACGGCAUGACUAUGAAGGGGGGGUAUUAUGAGUUUUUAAGACUAAGUACUUUAUUCUUCUCAGAUUUUAAAGAAAGCCUCCUGUUUCUCACUCUGGUGUAUUAAAAUUAGGGCUCUCAAAGGUAUUCACGUGGAUUAAUCCAACAUCAUGAUUAUUUUGAUUAUUUUUUUGACGUAAUUUACCCAUUUUGCUGCACAGAACGACACAAUUUCCCUGAAAAAUCUCUGACAACGCAUUUCCGGCAGUUUGUCCAAGUAGUUCCUGUCGCACACAAGCAAAUCGACAGUUGAUCAGGUGGUGACAGGCUGCAGAACCAAACAACUCAAUCAGGAUUCUACACCAUCUUCUUCUUCAGCUGCUGCUCGGCCACGUCUCCCUGUUCUUCUCAGAUUUGGCGCCCCCUGUUGGUUCUCCCUCACUAGCUGCGUUUACAUGGGCACAAAUAAUCGGAAUAAAGGCCUGUUUGGAAUAAAAAUGCGUCAUGUAAACAUGUUGAUCAGAAGAUUCUGAUCCAGUUCAGCUCAAUCAGAAAGAAGUUGUAUUACGAUUAAGAGGUCUGGUUUAUGCUGAUUGUUAUUCCGAACCACAUCCAUGGAAACACUUAUUCCCAUCAUGACUCUCUGUUGGGGCAAAACUAACCUGACUGCGUUGUGUAGCGUACCCUACGUCACAUUUUCACUGUGUGUGAAGACGCAAACAUGGUGGAAUCCAAGAGCAAUUGGUCUAUUUCUGACACAACUUUUCUUGCUGGAUACAGUCUUUUCAUGUAACACAGGAUCAGUAUGUGCUGCUGGGCUCGCUUGAUGAUCAUGUUCUCUAGAAGCAAUACAACCGCACUCAGAACCGGGCUCAGGUCCAUUCUGAGUGGAGGGAAAUAUCCUGAAUUGGAUGAAGUGAGCCACAACCACGUUUGUUGGUUUGUUGACAGCACAGGCAUAAAUACAACUCUCCUUCUGUGGUUGUUUUAGCGAAAUUAGACAACUCUGCAAAUGUCCAAAUGCUUCUAAUCUGAAUAAAGCUUGGUGCAUGUGUACGCAGCCAUAUAAACAGUGGGCUCAGAUUUUCCAAUCCCUCAAAUUUUUAAUCUGAUCAAGAAAAUUUCCAAAUAUAAACAUGGCUGCUGCCAGCCUCCUCCUCUCUCUAUCAUUAUUAUUUUUUAAUUGGCAAUAGAAGGAAAUUGUCUAAGCCAGUGAAAAAGACAGCAAAUUUCAACCCCAAUGUCUAAUGCAGGGCCUGUGUUACAGUGAGCAUUAAAACAGAUAAAAUAGAUGAAAUUCUUACCUGCACACACUGGAAAAAAAGCCUCAUAUGCGACUUUGGCUGCAGUCUUAAGCCCUGUCAAUAUGAUAGAGGCUAAACAUCAUGUUGGCUUUCUUCAUGGGAAAUUUGGGUACAAAAAACCAUUGAUGGAUACACAUACUUCUAACAAUCUUAUCCACGGUGCUCAAUAACUGUAGAAUCUCACCACGUCUUAAGCCAUGUCAAAGUAAUCACUAGGAAUCUGAGGGGGUCACAUCUCCACAGUCCCCAGUCCCACAUAAAAUCUAUGCAGAGUUUAUGGAGGAAAAGAAGCCUUUUGUAACUCCAUAAUACCCUCAGACUCGUGUAUUUUGAAGUUCACUUCAAUAUUAAAAUAUUUCACUGCACCCAUGAGAAGCCCUCACAGCAAACAGGGAGCUGCUGAUGCUUAAUUCAGCAUAAUGGGCCGGAGAUGCUGGGGGACGCCGUUCUCAGCAUUAGCAAACUUUGAUGACCCUUUGAGAGCAGAGGGUAAACUGUAUAUGAUACUGUAGGUAUGAAAGAAUCGUAGAAGGUAGAUGAAUUAUGUAAUUGGCUAUACUUACAUGAAUCCAUAUAUAAUUGUGAUAACAGCCUAAUCCUGCCUGGUCGUCCCGAUUUCGGGGUGUUUUAUGUCGCCUGAUGUGAGGAUUGGUAACUUUGUGAACUCUCAGUCUGAUCAUUUCCUCUUGGUUGGGAUAAAACUGUUCUCGCUGUGAUUGUCCGACACAAGAGACGUGAAACACUGUAGCUUUUAUUCCUGCUGGAAACAAAAAGAAACACAGAAGGAGCAGAGCAAAAGUCAUCUGUAGCCGACACAUUUUUACUGGAACUUUUUCAGGACACAAGACUGUUGAUCUUCUGGAACACAAAAUUAAAUAGAGAAAUAAAUAUGGCGCUAAUCUUGUAAGACCUGGAACGCUAUGUAAAAUAACGGUAAAGAAAUUAGAUCAUUUGCUAAUUAUUUCAAGCCUAAAUUGAAUUGAAAACAGUUCAAAGACAACAUAUUGAGCACAAAAACUUCAUAAUUUUAUUGUUUUAAAAUAUAUAUUCAUCUAAAAUUUGAUGCGUGGAACAUGUUUCAAAACGGUUGGGACAGGGUGAUGUUUUCCGUUACGUUUUGAAGCCUCCUCUUUUAACCUUUGGGAAAUAAGGAGUUAUUCAGUUCCUGGAGUUUUGAGAGUGAAAUGUCGUCCCAUUCUUGCCUGGUGUAAGAUUUCAACAGUUUGGGGUUUACUUUGUAUUAUUUCUGUGUCAUGGUGUAUCAUAUGAUUUCAGUGGGUGACAAUUUGGGACUAUAGUAGGUCAGUGUAGCACCUGGACUCUUCUACUACAAGCCAUACAUUUCUUCUCCCCCUGGUUUGUGCUCAAGUCCUCUUCUUUUCUGUGCAGCUCCAUUUUUAAAAGUUAUUUGGUGUUAAAAAACAAACAAAAAACAAAAAAAAAAAACAAGGAAAUGAUAUCAUAUUGACUCUUGAAACAGUCAAUUAGCGUAUGAAGAUUGUGUUGCUCAUCCAGGGGGUACAAUGCUUAAACUGAGUGUCAUCACAACAUUACCAUCUGAACGCUAUUGCCCAAAUGCUGGUUUCAGGAAAUGGAGAAAAGUCACGUAAAUACCAGAAGCAUUAUGGCUUCAAAUCUGGACAAUGACGGGAGGUGGGGUUAAGUUGUACAGACUAAAUACAGUCUAUGUCCCUGGGCUUUUAAAAUCUGCGCUAAUAUCAAGUCGGAUGAUCCCGCCGCUCUUUAGAGCAGUGGAGUAGUGUCCAAGGUUUUCAAAAAGAAAGUUAGAUUCCAUAGAUCGCAGGCGGUUUUCCACUUCCUCUUAGUCUAUCUUCAUUGGGCUGGGGUAGAGUGAAGGGUUCAGAGACAGACAGCAGUGAUGUGUCUUAUAUUCAUAAACUGCUGUCUGAGGACCUGAAGACCCUGACCUCCCAGUAUUAUUUAUUGGCCUUGUCCCAUUUGGACAGUGAUUCAGAUACAGAUUCUCAAAACCUUUUAUAAUAACAACAAUAAUAAUAAAUUGAAUUUUUAUAGCUUUUGAAGAACCCAUGGUCACUUUGAGUAAUAAAUUAGAGAAAUAGAUAACUAAAUAAAUAAGUAAAAGAAAAAAACACAAAUGUAAAAGACAUGGAGGUAGAUCUGGGAGCAGAGUUAUUGAAGGUUGUCGGUUGUGAUGAACAGAAAAUGUUAGAGUUGUAGUCAGAGAGGGUAUUUUGGAUGUCUACUUAAGGAUAAUGUUCUGUAAUUGCAACUCUCAAUUCUCUGUCCUUUUAUUCAAAAGAACAUUGAUUUGUAAUUGCUGAACUCAUUCCUGACCCAGCCUCUUGAAGAGCAGCGACCUCUUUUUUCAGACUCCAUCUCUCUUUAUACCCUUUUCAUGUGCAGACUGGUUGCAAACUGAGGUAACAAGUUCAGGGAUGUUUCUUUAGACGAUCUUUUCGGUGCUUUGUCGUCCUUGCCACAUAUUUUUUAAAAUGCAUUGCUGGCAUACACAAUAAAAUGAUUUUCAAACCAUCAAGCUCUGUUUUUAUGAACUCUGCAUGUCAUCCAAACUCCAAUGGAAUCAAGGUUGUAAAUAAUUAAGUCGACAGAGUAAGAGUCGCAGAUGUGAGAGGAGACGACAAUGUCAUCUCAGGUGCUGAGGUAAGCCGUAUGUGGAGGAUGGUGUGUUUUUGUCUCUACUUUUAUGACAUUAUGUGCGGUGACACAGCGGCAGAGGUUUUGUUGACACCCGAACAGAUGGAGGGAACGGCGUCUACUGCUUUUUUCAACACAUUAGACCAGCGGAGCAACUCUGAGCAAGUCAUUGUGAUUUUAUUCAGCUUAAACUCUAGAUAUGCGUGUACACGCUUAUCUUAAUAGGAUCACUUUUUUGUGCUCAGUUGGGAUUUCUUAUUAGAAUGACUUUAAUCCAAUUGAAGAAAACUGCACAUGUAAUCAAUACAACAUUUGUCGUUGUCCUUCCUCACAGGACUGGGCGAAGGAGGACUACAGUGGGGGCUGCCCUGUUAAUGUCAUGGCACCAGGUCUGCUAACAUAUUAUCAUCCCAGCCUGAGGAAGUCCUGUGGCAGGUAAUCGCCCCGCUGAAGACAAAUACGCUGCUGCAUUACAAAAGAGCCACCUCUCCUCUGACCCCCUCAUCCCCCAAAAAAAGCAGAUGGUUGUGCAGAAGGAUGUCAUUAGGUACACAGAGGUGACGCUUUCUAAAGCUCUGAUAUCAAUCUUCAAAAGAGCUAAAUUUAGAGGUUACAGCUUCGUAAAGAGGAUCAUUGUAAACUAGAUGACAGGAGGAGAGAUACUGUCCACGGUGCUGGAUGCUCUUGCUAUUUUUACUCCGCAGAAACAAAGUCUGCUCUCCGCCCUGCCAACCAGGUAUUACUCACUCGCAGCCUGUGCCUACAGAUCAUUGACAUGAGUCGUGGGAGUGAUUAUGCCUUCGCACAUACAUAUUAGUCAGAUUCCAAAGAAAUGCCAAGAGGGCAGGAGUGGUGCUCUCCCUGGAAAACCUCCUAUUAUCCAUUUCAAAAUGGCCCGUUCAGAGAUGCACAAAGCUGAACGAUCGAGAGCAAGAGGUGGGGAGGGGUAUCCAGGUAAUGUAUUUCCAUAAUGACAUUAAGUCCGCGGGGAGCAGAGGAAGCUCAUUACAUAACAUAACUCAAACAGCAGCCCUGAUCCACAUUCAUACUCCAUAUAGGUAAUGGAUCCUCAAGGACACGCUGUCACCUUGACACCGAUACUGCACGUGUAAUGGAGACAGGCUCUGGUUACUGCUGCUGCUGUUUCAUUGGACAGAUUUCACUAAUGUUUGCCCGAUUACUGAAUAUGAAUAUUUAUACGUGCGUGUGUGUGUGUGUGUGUUUCUACUCUAAAUGUAAUUUCUCCGCUAAGCCUGAGUGGUCAGUGUGUGUGCGUGUCACAGAUGGGUGCUCCUUGCUCAAGUGAAGGUGUAGUGAAUGAGUGAGUGAGAGAGAAAGAGAGAGAGAGACAGAGAGGAAAUCAGGGAGUAGGAAGAGAGAAAGCUGCCAAGAAGUAAGAAUUAGUUGACCUGUGUGUUCAGCGUCUUCAUCCUUAACAGCUCCAGAAUGAACACAAACUAAAGGCUGAACUCACAGGAGCUGCUGAAGGGAAAAUGCUAAAAUGAUUUUUUUUUUUUUACUAACUUGGAUGUUUUUGCAGCUUCUUACACUUCUUGAACUCAUAUCCCCUGCGUGAAAGGCUCAGUUCAUUGUACCUGUGAUAGUGAAACAGAUUUAUAUUCUUUUAAAACGGUUAAAAAGCUCCUGGUUUUGAGAGAAGAGGCCGAAAAACUGCAGAGAACUCCUGGAGAGUGUACUUGAGGCUGACUGCAGAGGUCUGGAAACUUCUUACACAGUCAUUAUAAAGCCCAUCAUUAUAGCAAACAUGUUUACAGCCUGGUUAAACACACACACACACUCGUAUGUAAAUAGGCUAUAAAUGUUAGCAUUAUUGUGAACAGAACUGACAGUUUUCCUGUUGUGGACGUUCAUACUUUCGUUAACAGAUUAACUUCUAACACAUUUAAAGUUUUGAUUUUCUCUCCCUUCUUCUGUUCAUCUCCUCAAUAAAUGGAAAUAGUGAAAUGGUGUGAUAUUUAAACCAACAAUCAUUAACAGAAUCAUGUAAAUGGGUCUUUCUGAUAAGACGCUGCUGAACAUUAGCAGUCAUCUGUCAUGUUAGUUUGUUUUUUGUACUUUAAAGUCGAGUUACGGUUAAAGAUUUUGCAGGAUUUCUAGUUUAGAGAGUCGUGACUCUGACGUUUGUAGAUGGAAUCUGUCUGUGAGGACAGAGCGAACAAAGCCUUUCAAUCUGUCUUUACUUGUAGUCGUUUGUGGAGUUUCUUACAUUCCCAAUGAAAAUGCAGCCUUCAGGUUCAACACACACAGAUUGAAACAGUUCAAUCUGUGUGUGGAGUCAGAAACCAUCAGGCCAUUUUAGGAUUAUCCCACCUCUCCUGCUCUGUUCACUCUUGUAAAGGGCAAAAGCAACAUUACUUCGAAUCCAAGGUGACCAAUGUUGUCUUUUGUUUAACCGACAGUUGAAGACUUUUCUGUAUUUCCCUGCACAAGAAAAAGUAGAAGGUCUCAAAUUUGGAAAGAAAUCAGCCUGAACCUGAGCAAUAUUUGCAUAAAUAUUAUAAACAAUAACUAAUCACCAUUAGGGGAGUAGUUGUCAAGAUUAUGUAUUGUGUUUUUUAUGCUGAUUAAGCCGGAAACAAAUUGGUACCACACACUUAAACAUAGAAGAAGGGUGAAAUCAAUCACAAACAAUUGUUUCAUAGCAAUCAAUAUCUGUUACAGCCUGUUAGAGCCACUUCACUCCGUGUCAGGGGUGUCGAAUAUAAUUUGAAAGGAGGGAAAUGUUAUCACAAAGCUCAUUUGUUAUCGUGACUUGUUACAUUUAGAGGUUUUUUUAGGUGAGGGACUCUUAAAGUGGGUGGCUGUGGAAAAGAGAAGAUAUUACAGCACAGAAAGAAGACGAAGUUAUGAGAUAAGACAUAAUAUUACGCACUUAAUUCACAAGACAUGACAAUGGGUUCACAGGAAAAAGAUCUUAACAGUAUUUCUGAGAAAACUUUGAUGGUAAAUGACGAAAAAAGUAAUUAGAACAAAUUCACGAGUACAGCUUCAGUUUUUUAUCUUUGUAACAGUCAUCAUCUUCCACUGAAUAUGACUUCUGUCCACCGAGUAUGAAUACAGAAAAUGACCUUAACUAAAUGAGUAAUUCUGUCGGAAGGUCAAGAGAAUGGCGCCCAGUUUCACGAUUAAAGGUUCCUACAACUAGCUUAAUGAUAAAAUUUCAACAUAACUACAAAAGGCUUAAAUGAGUGUGAAUAUUUCAUCGUUGAAAUUGAAAGGCUGUGUAAAAGCGCUGAAAUUCAUUGUCCAUAAUGUGUCAGCUUCUUGUUAUUUAAUUUGAUUUAUAAAAUAGAUGAAAUAAAUCCCCCCUUGAUACCUUGAAAAGUCAGAGAACCAUAAUUUUGACCGGGUGGCGGUACUCUCUGUGGCCCAGAGGGUCUCACUGUGCUGGGCAGGAGCUCUGUCAAACGCCUCGGCAUUAACCCUGGAGCCUCCUGUUAGCUAGCCCGUUACAUCGGCAGCUGGUUUCUGAAAUCGAUCGGUAGUUCAAAUCAAGCUUUGUAAUUGUAACGUCUAACUGCUGUAAAAUGCAUUAAAAUACGAGGGGAGGAAGUGACGUGCGUUUCGCACAUGUGCGGUACACGUCGGGUCUGGUAGUGACAAGGAGAGUUUCCAUUAGCGUGCUUACUUGGUAGGUUCAACACAGUGGAUGUUUUGGUAACAUGUCCUCUCCUGCAAUUUUCCAACUGCUACUAAAAAUAAAAAAAUAACUAAAUAAAUAAUAAUAAUAAUAUUGAUAAUAAAAUAAUUUAAAAACAGUGGUAGUAACAACAGCAACAGCACUAAAAUUGCUCUGAGAAGGAGAGCUAAAUGAGGACAGGUUGAACAUCUUUAUUCUCGCAGAAGACCCGCUCACAUUGUCUCAUGUAACCAUCAGAGGAAAUGUUCAAUUUAAUGUGAAUAAUACUUGUAGCUCCAAAUGUUCCUGCAGACAUCCUGUCCUAACAUUAAGAGAAAAGAGGGAAUGAUGAGUGAACUAUUUUCAUAUUAGCGUACUCAUAUUUUAAAUGCACUCUGGUUUCAAGUGUUUAUUUUGAUGUGUGUUCAUGUUUGAAGGGAUUUUUUUAUCUGUAUAAAUCCUGACAGGAUGAGGCCAGACCCUGAUGUGAAGCCUUUUUAGAAUCCUGUUUCCAGGUCUGAGAUAGCCUACAGUUACUGACCAUGACCAGGUCAGGGACCAUAACCUGACUGUAGCCUGUUUGAUUAUAAUCUCUUACCUCUCUGUCAAUGAAGAGUUGAGACAAUUUCAGUCUUCAUGGAGGAUUUUCUGAUUUACAUGGUAGCAGGCUGUCAUCAAACUGUGAGGGGACUAACUAUUAAUAACUAAUAACUACUACUAACUAAACUAUUCCUCAAAUUAAAUGUUAAUCAUACUGUAUCACAUGUCGAAUGCCCCGCAGACACAGAGAAAUGGAGGAAGAGAAAGUGAAGAUGAGCACAGCUGUAUAAAUAUUUGAUCCUGGAGUCUGAUGUUCCUCUGUGAAACAAUCAGGUCCGUCUGUGUCUGAAACGCCUUUAGCAGAAACAAAGUUCUCUCUGUAGAAAACUUACUUGACUUCUUCUCUGGAAAGUUUUGAGGCCUUUUCUCCUACAGAAGACAGAUUUUGAUUUUGAUCAGUCUGAUGCUGUAAUUGUAAUUUAAAGACGUUCAGAUGCUGAUCUCAACUCAACAAGAAACUCAUCAUGCUUUGGUAUCACAAGAUCACGUGGAAAAAUGUGAUCUUGUCGCACCCCUACAAAUAAAUCUGCUUUUUUUCAUCCAGUCCUGCACACUCACUGCAGUAUUCAAACUGUUUACUAAGGUGAUUGUAAAGCAAACCUUUAAAAGUCCUUGAGCACAGUGUUGCUAUGGCUGCACUCUCUCUGUCCAUCUCCCUUCUUGGCUUGAUUACUAAACCAGGUACUGCAGGAGAAAAUUCUGGGCUAACCCCAGAAGAGUCUGGAAGCAUUUGGUGGUAAAUUGCAGUGGUAGAUCAACCUAAAAGGAAAAACAAAUAGCACUGUGGAGGAAAAGGUUAGAAUGAAGUUUACUGAGAAGGAGAGAGAGAAAGUGCCUUUCUAUGUUCCUCCUAUCGGAACCAAAAGUUUAUAACAAGAACUGUCAAAUAUUUCAGGUUAUUAAGAAAAAAAACAGCAUUUGCACCUUCCUUAUGGAUAUCAUUUUUGCGAGCUUCAUUCAGCAGGGAAAGAUCAUCUCCAAAAUCUGUUUGGCAAAGUAAAGGUCAACGCUCUGUCUUCUCUGACUGUAAUUAUGGGCUUCAAAACAUGUGCAUGUCUUUACAGAGCAUCAGUGCUCUUGAAUUCCCCUAAAAACCCCUUUUGUUUGUGAAGCACUCAGCUAUGAUGAGUGUUGACAUGUCAUUAUGUAACAUCUGAUUUGUAAAGAAAACAAAAGUAGCAUUUGAAUGUUUUUUCCUGUAAAAACUGAUCUGCAUUUCUUCAUAGAAGUCUCCAGUCCUUUAAAAGGUUUUUAAAACUGGUUUCAGAAGGUCAGUGCUUCUUUAGAUUUAAAGACAAACCCUUAGAGUCAAAUCACAUGAACAGGCAAUAGCCCUGAAGUUUCAUGCUAAAACCUCCUUCAAGCAUCUCCCUCUGGAAAGUACAGUAAGUGCAAAACACUGCUUGUACAAUUUGCAAGAAACCGCCUUGGGAAGAGCACUUCCUGCCAACAGUAAGAGUGUGAUAUGCCAACACAAAAGCCAAAAGCAAAGCAUCUGUUUAUACAAGUUUAAUCCAAGGAAAAAAAAAAAAAACACAAAUUAGAGAUGGGAAUGUCAGCAAGAAGCAAAUAAUAACUUUCUCCUGCCAGCAAAAGGAUAUGUAAAGAAUAACUCAUGAUUGUCAUCCAGCACAAGUCAUUCCUGCCCAGGCUUCCAACAUUACCGUAAAGACUGCGAUUUAAUCUGGUCAACAGUUAGAGAACACGUUCCUGCCAGGAUAGACAUAUGCUGGAGUGUUGACCCCAAGGAAUAACACCUACUUUAAAUCUGUGAAUCUGCUGGUUCCCAAGAGAACCCUCAAAGAAGAAGUUUGUUGACUUCUUUUGAGUACCAGGAGAAAAAUAAAAUUAUGUAGUGCUGUACGUACCACUCAUACCUCAGGGAAUAAGGCAGCAUUUCAAAAUACUCAAAGAUUAGGCUGUGAACAGAGGAUCUCUAAAUAUCUUUCUGCAAUCCCACAGCACACAAACUCCAAGAGACGUUGGCUGUGAUACCAAUGCAGGAACUUUCCCCUGAGACUCAGUUCUCGAUGCAUUUUCUCUGCAAUAAACAGGGUAGAAAUAACCUCUGAGAGCCUUUAUUUACCCACCGAAGAACCCGGAUCUGCAAGAUGGUGUUUCCCUAAAGGGCUGAGACUCUGAACAAUUCAGCGUGAGCAGGUAGUCAGAGCAUUCAAAGAACAGGUGAAGAAAAAAAGUGUUGCCAUGCCUUGCAUUUGCUAUGCUCACAAUGCUGCAGGCAGUCAGUGUCCAACACAAAGCACCUGUAAUUUUAGUCAUGAAGCAGCAGGUUUAUCAACUGAGAAAUAAUCUUUAAGACCUGCAGGUUUAAAUCAGGAUGAAUGUUUUCCAUCAGUUAAAAGGCUUUAGUCAUUCAGACCAGUAUCACAAACAGAUCAGUGUCCGUGUUGGUGACCCAGUCAUCGCUUAAUAAUGUCGUUUCAUAUAGGGUUAAAGUGGUUACCAGCCAAGGCUGAUAAUCCGUUUUUUUGCUGAAUCUACAGAGCCCCUCUGGUGACAUUGGUUAAAAAAUAAUAAUAAUGCACGACCGCGAGAAAGUUUUGUAGCGUCCAACUAGACGAGUUAAAAGCUGUGAUGAAAAUCUGAGUCGUGACAAACAAAACUUUAUUUAUUUUCAGUUUUAUUGCAGGGCUUGUAACGUAACCACACCAAAACAACAACUUAUGUGACCACUUUCACUACUUCUCAGCUGCACUCUCUCUCUCUCUCUCUCUCUCUCUCUCUCACACACACACACACACCUUUCGCUUUCUUAUCCAACCACAUGUGUGCCGUACACAUUUACUGACAGUCAGAAAACACAGAACACUUUAACAUUUGAACAGGAACAUCUCUGCAGGGCCUCAUCCGCUCUUUCAUUUAGCAUUACCAACACUGACUUGUCCGUCUUCAUGUAGCUGUGAGCUCCUCCAGCCCGUCAUAGCAUUAUUGACAGGCUAACAAGCUAACAAGCAGGGCCGUAUCCAGACCUUUUUGACAGGGUUUGGGGUUUGGGAUGAAGUCUGUGAGCCUACAAGCAAUACGUGACAUUUUUUAAUUGCCUCUGUGUUGUAACAUAGGCCUUGUGUUUAGUUAAUUCACAUUAAUUAUGCAAAUAGACUGAAAUACUUUGACUUCUUUGGGAGGUUUGGCCCCUGACAGGUACCCCCUGUCUCAGUGUGAAUAUUUAUUACCAUUCCUACAAUGAACCACUAAACGACAUGGUAUAACUGCAUGUUUAUUUCUUGCGUAACAUCAUCAAUAUUUUCAUUUUCUUAAGAGGGAUGUCAUCAGUACUUGUAUAUUGCCACAGUCUUACUAUAGACCCCCUCAUUUUGCAACAAAAAAAAACUUUAAUAAAGUUGUAGCUGGCUGAAGGGAGGUCGCCACGGGUGCAAUAAGAAAGUGUUAAUUUUCUUACUCAACACUUGUAGGCCGAGUUUGCUUGUUAAACCAAGUGGAGAUAAUGGGGCUUUAAUGAUAUUCAUAUGCAUGGUUGAAGUGUAUUAUCUUUGCUUGUGCUAGCCGUCUGGUUUAGUGAGUACAAACAGAAUAUGAUAAUUACAUACAUAGACUUAUGUAUGUGUAAAUGUGGCAGCUGCAGUGUGGACACAGUGAGAGUUUGCGUGCCGUCACCUCCAGUGGAAGCAUGAGGCGGUAAUUGCCGCCCACAGAAGUUGCCCAGGUAGUGCAGCCCCUCCAAGCUGACACAUCCAUACUCUCUGCAGCCACAAGGUUUGCUGUGUCUCUCAGCACAGUGUGAAGAGGGUGGAGGAGAUACCAGGAGACAGACCUCUGUACCAGGAGGGGUGGAGGGGGCUGUAAGAGGGCAGCAACCUAGCAGCAGGACAACUCCCUUGCUCCUUUGUGCAAGGAGGAACAGGAGAGGCACUGCCAGAGCCCUACAACAUGACCUCUAACAAACCACCCGUGUGCAUGUUUCUGACAAAACCUUACAGAAACAGACUCCAUGAGGGUGGCAUGAGGAAGUGAAGUCUACAAGUGGAGCCUGUGCUCACAGCCUGGCACCCUGCAGUCUGAAACAACAAAAACAGCAGACUGGCCGUCGGCGUCUGUUUUCUCAGACGAGCACUGAGCACGUGUGAUAGAUGUUGGAGAGUCUGGAGAGGCUGUGAAGAACCUUCUGCUACCUUCAGCAUCCUCCAGCAUGACUGGUUUGUUGGUGGGUCAGAGGUGGUCUGGGGAGGUAUAUCCUUGGAGGGCCGUUCAGACCUCCACCUGCUAUUUAGAGAUUGCCUGUUAGGCACCAUGAUGAGAUCCUCAGACCUACUUCAGACCAGGUACUGUUGCAGUUUGCCCCAGUAGACAAUGCCUCAUGUACCUGGAGUGUGUCAGCAGUUCCUGGAUGAUGAAGGUGUUGAUGCUUUUGACUGGCCAGUCUGUUCUCCAGACCUGAAAACCUCUGGGACAUCACAAAAUGAAUUCACUUGCAAGUUCAUUGUAGGCCUAAGACCUGAAAAAUAUUUCUAUGCCAUCUGGUUGAUGUGAAGUUUUUGACCCCAAGUUUUCCAACACAUGAGGAGGUUUUUGGUGUGCAGGUCAUGGAGACUCUUGAUCAUACAUCGACAUCUCUUUUUGAAGCAGCAGAGUCUGACGGGUGUUCCAGUCUGGGCUGCCGUGCAAUAUGUGUCUCCAAAAAGAUCCCCCAUGGCCGUUAGAGCAGUUUUCACAGCGGUUUGUUGAUCACUUGGUUGUCUGACGUUGGUUUUCACUGUCUGUGCCUUCUGCCAGAUUCACCUGUUUCAUCUCCUGCAGUUUAGCCCCGUGCACCUCCGGUCUUUACUCCUCUUUCAGAUGAACGAGGAGAGGAAAUUGUGGAUCCAGGUAGCUGGCUUUGUUCAGCAGCAUAAAUGCACCUUUUUCUCACCAUAACGCUUCUCCAGAUCAGUGAUGAUUCUUGGCUUCUUCUCUGACAGUGCAGGUGGUUCUGGUUCGUCUGCUUUCUUAGUUGACAGAGAAUUAUUUGUCAUAUUUCAUAAAUUUCAUUCACUACGCUCACCUUUUCCAUUAGGGACGAUCCACCUGUGUUCAGCUCCAUACUGGAGAGUUUUAUUCUCAAAGAUGACAACUGACACAGCUGCUUGUUUCUCCGACACACAGCAGAUCAUCUCAUAUGUGCUGUUCCAUCGGGUCGGACGGUCGUUAAUUAGUUUUUCUGUUUUCAGCCCCAAAAGUUUUUGUUUUUGCUGGAGGAGGCAGCUGUUGGUGGUAGAUUUGCUGAAGUGUGCCGCCACCAUUUCCAGCCUACUAACGCUUAUUUCUAUGGCUCCGACCCCCAGCCAUUGGCACACAGCCAAAUUAAUUGCGUACGCCACACAUGAUAUGUUCACACGUGUCUCUCCACUGCAUUCACGCAAUUAGUGGCACUAACAGAUCUCUUUUUUUAUGCCAUAAACAUCCAGGAUCUCUUGAAUGCAUCCCCCGACAUGCUCUGCAGUGUCUCUUUCUAUAAGCUCUCCUGUCUUGAGCAGGUUGUCACCUAAAAUCCAGUGGGUUUUUGGUGUAACGUAGGAUCCAGUGGCUGGGGAAGUCCACCCGUCUGUGGUAAAAACCACAUCUUGCUCUUAGAGUAACUGCUUCAUAUUUUCUGAGGUGCUUUAAUUAAUACAUGUCUUCGGUUCCACAGCUCGGGAUUUGGUAUCUCGGUUCCAAAUCUAGACAAAACUCUCUGAAGCCUGUGCCAUCAACGAUAGUGAUCGGCCUCAUGUCCUUGCAGAUGAAUGAAGCGAGUUUCUUCAUGCAUGCCUCUCGCCGUGAUGUAGACAAAGAGCCUGUGGAGACGUGGCUGUUUAGCUGGAGUUCCAGACAUCAUGGCAUGCUCAUUUAUGUGCACAUUUUCAAGAUGUUUCUUCAGGUUGCUAGUGGUGGAAUGAUAAGCUAAUUCAACCUACACAGCUUACAUGUCACUUAACCUCGCUCAGCAUUUCUUCCCUCUACCAUGUCUGCCAAGAAUCUGAAGAAUUUCCACACUGAGCUUGUAAGGUUAGUUGGAGUCCAGACCGCUCUCUCCGAAUUUGGCUCCAAACGUCCCGCCAUCUCUCACCGCUGCGACUGUCACUGCAGGUGCAGCUCCUCAGGUGACCUUUCCAUGACCUGUCGUCACAGCGCGCUCACUCAGAGCAGCAGUUUUUUUUUCCACUCAGUUUUUCUUUCUCUGUUUAUUUAAUAUUCAAAUAUUUAUUUUCACAUUCAAAUCUAUCUUUUUUUAUUUUAAUAUUUGAAUAUAUCUUUGAAUUUAGAAUAUUUGUCGACAGCCCUGGUCCUCAGUGGGUUUGUGACUGUGGUUUCCUUGAUUUCUCUUGUUAUAUAAAUGAUAUUUUUUGUGAUGAGUAAUUAUUUUCUAUCUGAUUAUUUAAUUCAUCAAGAUCUGGAGGGAAUGAUUCAAGUGUUCCCAUCAUUUUCUUUUCCAUUUUUAUUUUUAUUUUUGAGUAGUGCAUAAAAAGUUGUUGGUACUUUUGAUAGAAAUGCAUCUGUUGUCUGUAAAGUACGGAAUAAACUGCAUCGCUGGAGCUCCAGGAAACUAUCUGGUAUUUGAAUUUAACUGCAAAGGGAUGGAUCUGAAUUGAGAGCAUCUGUUAGAUUAGUGCUUAAAUGCCAGCUAAUCAAACACACAUAAGGGUACCACAAUAUGUGUCUGUCUUUGCAGUGAAUCGUGUUACCAUAGUUGGUAAAAACUUUAUUACUGCAGGUUAAAGUUUUAGUUUCAGGGAUAAAAUGAAGCCUGCUGAGACUGUAGUUCAAUCUGCUUUCAGUUUAUAGAAAACCCCAUAUCCUCAUGAUUGUAUUUCAUAUUCCAGAAAGUGCUUUCAGUGUGAUCAAAUCCUUAAGAAAGGUCGUUGACAGAAGUUAAAGAAAGCUUUAUUCUGCCUGGAGUCAGUAUUUGUGCUUACAGCCACAAUCUGGACCAGUUCCUUUCUAAAUCCGUUGUAUUCUCCGGCAGUUUGAGUAUCUGAUUUAGCCCUCAGGGAAAAGUGAUUAAAUUGAGCACAGCAGAUCAGUUAGUACACAAGCAGAGGUCAAAAUGAAAUAUAAUCCAACCCCCUCAGAGGGAUUCUUAUCUUUACUCCCAAUUUUAGAGAUUGGAUUAAUCUCAUACUUGCGUGUUUUUUAGUGUUAUUCUUGCCCGGAACAGUAACGGGUAGACCACUCGCCUUAUCCCCCCUUUUUGAAAUGCUUUUAUAAAAUUAAACAUCCAUAUUGUGUAGACGUGCUCCAGGCUGGCUCAGUGACAACUUCCUCUGCAGGCUUAAGCAGUCCAGUUUAAGGAGACAGCAUCCAUGUAAACAUGUUACAGUGCUGUGCUGCCGAUUGCAAAAUCAGAUAUGCUUUAGCAUCACGUCACAAAAUUUAGACUGGACAACAUCCUGAGAAUAGCCAUCAAAUAAAGUCAGAUCAAAUCCAUCAUACUUUUUUGUGAAAGAUGUGUUAUCAGGAAAGAACAAGAAGUUCCUCUCAGACCAUUCACACAGUCUGCACAUUUAGUUUUUGUCUUUUACACACAUUAGAGCCAGUGGCUGUGAAUAAAAGCUAGUAAUUAAUGUCUUUUUCUCCCGUCUUCCAUGACCAUCGAAACUCAAAUCAUCAAGUUUAUGAAGGAAUUUUGCUGCACACUUAUCAACUUAUCAAAAUUGGUUAUGCAGGUGAGAUGUGAAAAUGUGUAGUUUCAAAACACACAAAAGGUAGAAAUGGGCUAUUCAAAUAAUAAUCACAGUAAUUUUAACAAUAAUUGGUUGUGAUUUGUGAGGUAGCAGACAUGUUGCAGUGGUCCAAGAAACCUUUAUUUAAAAUAAGAGGCAGCAGACUCUGUAAAAAGGUCGAAUCAAAAGGUUGGUAGUUCGAUUGUAUCGUCUUCCUGAACCUGGGAUUACCUCUGGUGAUGGAGUGUUUGAAAACAUGUUAGUGGGAUCAGUUCAAGACAGAGUUUGGUUUCUGAGGUAACAGGGAAAAUUCACCAGAUUGGAGUGGAGUUAAAAGAUCUCUUUCUAUCUACAGGGCCUGCUUCCACAGGCUCCUGAUGUUUUUUUUAUUUUUUAUCUUUUUUUGCUCCAUCCCCUCUCUGGUAACCCUCAGCCCAGCGUAACAGUUACUCAUGACGUCUGUUUGUGCCAGAGCAUAGCCAAUCAACCAACACAGAGCAAACUGAAGGAGACAGGACACCCAAACAAUAUUAAAUCAUCGGCUUAAUUUCCAAAAUAAAGCACUCUUGUGUUGACGCCUAAUCACUUUUUGUUUAUCUACACCAACAAACUGUCAUAAUGAGAAAAGCCACGCCUGGAGCCAACGAGUCAGAGGUUUUUCAGGGGCCACUGAUGUAGGCAGGGAUGAGGACAGAUUUAGAGAAAAUCAUUAACUCUGUGUCAACCACAGGAAAUACUCAGUCCUGUGACAUAAAUACAACAUACAUAAAUACAAACAUGCCAGUCAAAGUGCCUCAGAAAAGGACAGACAGGUAGCAGCAAGAACUUGAGUGAUAAAAGACUAAAAAAUAAUAGAAUAAAAUAAAAGCCCUCUGCCCAACUCUGAGUUUGUCUGGAUUGCGGUGCCCCAUGUGGACAAAGAAGUCUUUACCUACUUGUCUCGGUAUCUUCUUGCAAAAUCUCCUAAACUGAGUUUUGACAGUCAGAUGUAUUAUUCAUAGAGAAUAUUUCACAUGGAUUGUAAAAACAGGUCUGUUUCUUCAGCUGCUAGAUCGACACCAUCAUUGCAUUAUAAGACUGUCAGUCUUGUCCUUGGUGACCUUGUUUGCUUUUGUGUGCCGUAAAAAAAGCAUCAAUAUAAAUUUCUGUCUGUUUCAUGGAUGUCAAAAAACUCCUCAAAGGGGCUUUAAAAUAAAAUGGAAUUGAUAGAGUAAAAACCUAUAAAUGAAGGGCCUGAACAGUUGGGUUAGGAGCUCAGGUUACAGAAAUGCUCAUUGGGGUCAGGUAGUCAGCAACCAAGAUGGCCCCCUAUGGGAGUUUGGUUGAACUGUUGGUUGUAUUAAAUGUUAAAGUUGGUGCACCACUAAGCUCACUUUUGACAUUUUACAGGAUCAUUUAUCAUUUUAUCAUAAAGUUUUGUCUUAUUUAACAGACCUGAUAUUUCUAGCAGUUGGUCAGUUACCUUUUCACCUCUCUCAUUGUGCAUUUAGUUCCUCAUUUCCAUAACCCCAGACAGCUUUAUCAUUAUUAGACGGUGGUUAUGCAGUAUGGCAAUAUUUCACUUAAUUCUGUCUUCUUGUCUAUAUAAUUUGUGAGGAAGGUGCAUUAUACAAUCUGACCAUCAAUGCAGUGAUGUAGCAUAACAAAUGAACACAGCUGUAAGUAGCAUUAUUAACUUGGGCGAAUUUCCUCUUGGGAACGAUAUAUUGCGUAAUUAUAUCUUAUCUUCAUUUUGACAGAGAGCUACAGGCACAGACCCCAGCAGUUAAUCACUUUUACUUCAGUCUUAUCUUAUUAUAAUCACCUAUUUAGACGAGACAACCAUCAAGUUUAAUCAAAACCACAAGGCGGUGGUUUUAAUCUGACAAGCCUGUACUUUUCUUAUCAUAGAAAUGCUGCUUAUGAUGCAAUUGCCUGCCAUUUAUUAUGAAUACAGCUACACAACAUUCUGAUUUGUGAGUCAUUAUCCUGAAGAAUUCAUUGGUUUUCCUUUUCAGUAGCGGUUUGUAUUUUUUUUAUUUGACCUUAGUUUCAACAGAUAGUCUCAUUAAGAAGCUAGGUCGCAUUCUCAGGAGAUAGGCAGCAGAUAAAUUUAGUAUUUAUACUCUGACAAAGUAGUUAAAACAACAAAACCUAGAAGUGAAGAGUAGCUGUCUGAUAUCAAAAUACUAUAUACAGGAACAAACCCCCAGAGACUAACACUGUAGUCUUCAUAGAAAUGCCUUAAAGCCACUUUAGGGAAUCAAACUAGACGGCUUCACUCCCCGCUGUAGGGUGUCUGGGUUCAGGAGAGCGAAGUGAGAGAGAGAGAGAGAGAGAGAGAGGGCCUUUAAAUAGGAUAUCUUUAACAUGUUUUUGUUUUAUGGAGUUCCUGGCUGAGUCACUGCUGUAUAAAUCUGCUACAUACCAAAGUGUAUGACGUUGGUUGCAGUAAAUAGUCCAGGGUGACGUCGGUGUCCUUCAACACACUUUUCAGCAGAGUCAUUUUGUAAAACUGUAAAAUGCAGUAUUCAGGCUUUAAGACCGCUUAGGGUAAAGGCAGGUGGUGUGUGCAUUAACAACUCGGAGCCUGCUGACAUGUGCCAAAAGGCCGAGGUGCGAAGGUCUCCGAUGUUAUGCUGAUGCAGCUCCCAGCCUCAUCUUUUCGCUGCUGGAACUCAACAAUCAAAAUGCUUGUGAACAUUUCCCAUUGCUGCUUUGGCACAUGCUGAUCAUCUGGACCACUGAAUAGAAAUCUGAAUUUGUGGAAUUCUUAGUCCUUUCCUGCUUCGCAGAGAUGUGUAUACACAGAGCCCAGAGCCAGCUUGUUUGCUGCUGAGGUCUCCCGCUGGCCUGCUCAGAUAACAUUAAUUAAUCAUCAGGGAUACAGGCCGGAUUAAAGGUGCUGAGGGGGAGCCCUUCUCCACUCAUCUGAUUGGUUGAGGGUAGUUGGGGCCAGUGUUGAUAGCAUAGUAGAUAGCCUUGAAGCAUGCAUGAUGGGCUUGUGAAUCCAUUACAUGAAUCAGUUUUACAUGAUCAUUAUCGUUCGACGUGUGUGAUGUGUCUCGGUUGUGUUUAAAAAUGAAAACUUGUUAGUUUAAACCAGACCCCACAGCAGCUAAAUCCUCUAAUCUUUGCUCGGUUGGGUUUAGGAUUACAGUUCUCUGAAGAAACAGGAAAUACCCGCGUCUGUGACUGAAAGCCCACACAGGUGUUGUGAGUAAUCCUGGAUGCAGACCAGACACUUGUUUCACCUCACUUUGUGUCAGUCUUGGACAUUUAUAGAGUUGUUAGAACUAGGGAUGUGCCAUAUCAUACUAUAUACCGUAAUACUGGGGUACUUAUACUGUAGGGACGCAAUGACGUAUGGUGUUCCCUACUGCAUACACAACAACAGUGUCAGAGAGCGAGAGCAGCACAGUAUCAACAUCAUCCUCAAAUGAGAUCUACUGCCAGAAAAGGGAGCUGCCUCUGUGGUGUGGAGGUGGUUUGACUAACACAGCUAAUAAGUUUUACAACCUAAAGCUAAAAUACACGGCCAAAUAUCAGCAGACUUUGAAGUCACAUGAUGAGGAGGUGGUGUUCAGAGUAAAAGUAAACAGAUGGCUUACUGGAGAAUUGCAGGAGUACUCACUGCACUCUGUGCGAUUGAAAACAGACAGUGGCGGGACAUUACUGAAGCGGUCAUGUAUUGUUUGGCAAAAGACUUGAAGCAAAUUCAGGCUGUUGGAAAGGAAGACUUUAAACACUUUAUAAAAGAAUCGCCUGUACGGCUGAAGUGGUCGAGCCAAACCUCAAACCUCCGAACCCUUUAUCAGCCUGAAGGUCCAUUACAUUGGCUACGACUGAAAGCUGCACAACUCCUGUCUUGAAAUCAGAUACUUUCUCAAGAAUCACACAGGAGAAAAUAAUGCAGAUGGAUUCAGGGAGUUUCUUAAGUCAUGAAAUCCACAAGAGGACAAAUAGGUGUGUGUCAGUGUUGUCAAACUUUUACAUUUGAGAACAUAUUUAAAAUAAAAACAUUGGACUUUUUUUUUUUUUUUAUCGCAAAGUGCCUUGAAAUAUCAUGAUAUCAUUUUGAGGCUGUAUCGCCCACCACUAGUUAGAACUCGUAUACCUAUUAUCUCUGCUCUGACUGGCCUAUCAACUAAAAAUACAAAAAAUGAAUAAGUAAAAGCCUGUAUUGAUCUAACAAUGAUUUAAUUGGUUUAAAGGAUUUUUUUCCACAGCUUAAAAAAAUACCCUCAGUUAGGAUGGUUGAUAGUGCUGCUAUAGCAGGAAUAUGCUUGGUCAACCAGUCAGUGCUUGGGUUGUGGAGCAGUUGGAGGGCUCUGAGUAAAGCGUCUGCAUUGAGAGGAGUCAGGAGAGGUCACUUGGGCAUCUAACCAGGAUGCCUCCUGGAUGCUUUGCUGGUGAGGUGUUCAGGGCACACCCCACUGGUAGGAGACCAUGGGGAGGACUCAGGAUACCCUGGAGAGACUGUCUCUCAGCUGGCCUGGGAACGCCUCAGAUCCCCCAGGAAGAGCUGGAUGAAGUGACUGUGGAGAGGGAAGUCUAGGCUUCCCUGCUUAGGCUGCUAACCCUGCAAUCUGACUCUGGAUAAGAGGGAGAAGAUAAAGAUUUUAAUGUCCAUACAGUCAAGUCAACAUAUUUGAGUCAACAUUCACAAUAGGUGCAGAAAAUUCUUCUCUGUUAUGUUUCUUCUGACUUUCCUCUCCAUCAGUAGCUUAAACCUGCCAAAGCCCAUCCUGUAGUGUGGUUUCUGGUUGCUUUGUAUCUGUUUUACUCCUAAAAAUAUCCUUACUCUGCUUUGGAUGAAAGAAAAAUUUGCUUUAUAUUGUCAUCAUGAAGAGGCGAUCAGUCAGUACUCUAGAUGUGCUGUAACUGCUCCCCAGGGACUGAAUAGAACAGCAUGAUGUGUGUGAUUAAGUUACUAUCAAGAGUCAGUAGCUGUUAAUAGAGACUAUUUUUGAGGAGUAGCAGUGAUGGUCCAUGUUCAUAAAACUCUCCAAUACCAAGAUAUUGGUGUAAGAAAAAUACCUCACCAUCAUUUUCAACCCACUUAUGCAUCUGUGGGUCGUUGCACGCAGGAUUGCAUGAGAUAAAAGAGCGCACACAUCAUUUAUCUCUAUCUUCCUCUUGGGUGUCAGAAAAUAAUUACACAAUGGUUACUGACUUGAAAGAAUUGCUAGUUUCUUGGAAGUGCUUUUAGCUCCUGAUAGACGGCCUCUCUCUUUCAUCCAUGAGGGCCGUGAGGGAGUCCUUGAACUCACCUUAAAAGGAAAGCAAAGAGCAUACGAUAACCCAAUCAAAGUGUCCAUCCUCUCCAUUAGAACAUGCCUUCACAUUUGAUAUCUGUCAGUGGCUGCAGAGCUCAGGCCACAUAUCCAUUACAUACCACACGCUUCUUAGAUCUGCUCCUCAGUAUCCGACAGAGGUAACCAGCAGGAGGCUUAAAAUUGGCUCACCUCCACACUGUCUAAAUGACAGAACAAAGACAUUGAGUCACGAUUUUAUUUUCAAGAUAUAUCUGCAAAAUUAACAAGUGGGUCUUUUAGCGGUCCUUUUUUAUGUGCGAUCUCAGAGGAAUCUACGGAUUAAAGCACCUUUUGUUAAUCUUUUUCACAAAUACUCAGUACUUCUUGGAUGAGCAGAAGUGGAUGACUCCAAUGUCUAAGACUGUAGACAUCUUCAAUAAUGUAGCUCUUCACUUCCAUCCUGUUAAAUGAGUGUCAUAUCGCAGGUCUCUCCACAUAAAGGCUAGCUGUGUUAGUUCUUUAAAACAUGAAAAUUAUACAUUAUAUUUAAAAAUCUUUAUUUAUUUAUUUUUAUUUCACCAGGAAAUAUCCCAUUGACAUUAAGAGUCUUGGUCAAGAGGCAGCAAACACAAAAUACAUGUACAUAUUUACAUAAAUAAGACACAGAACAGAAACACAUUAUGAGAAACUAGUGCAUAAAGUGCAGAGUAAAGAAAUGUCCUUUUACCCGACUGUACGAACAGAAGGGACAGAAAGCAACAACUGAUCUUGUGAACGAAGAGAACAAGAUUCAGGGUUUUAGUUGUAGUUGGAUGAGAUCUUUUGAGGAUACUCUUCCUCUUUGCACUAAAGGAGGCCAACUGUCUUUUGAGGUACCACUGUUUAGGUGUGGGUGUGAUUUCACAGUCACACCGGCAGGAAGACUCUAAUUCAUCAUCUCCAGCUCUGCAGCCAUUGUCUACAACCUCUUUGGGGGCUUGCAGUUGGCAGCCGCUGGAUCAUCUACUGCCACAUUUUAUCUCAUAAGCCCUGACUCCGGUGUGUGUUGUUGUUUUUCCUUUUUCUUUUUUAUGGCACUAGUCUGCUGUACUACACUCCUCAUCUUUGAUUUUUUUUUCUGUGAAUGCACCCUACAACUCUGCCUCUGCAGUCUGCACACUCCUGCAGAUUGACAGCAUGACAGUAGUGUGUGCAACUGUAAGGAAAAUGAUCCACAACAAACCUGAGUACCACAGUCAUUUACAGGUUUUAUUAGACAUCCCAGACUCUGUUGUCAUAACAAGGAGCAGACAAAAAGGGACGAUGAGGAGCGUCAUUAUUUGGCCUUUCUUGUGACGAACCCCCUGCAGGUUUAAAUAUGCUCAGCCUAAUUUGCUGUGCAAGUACUUCCAAAUUUCAGUGCACAAGGAACAUCUGAGCCAGCAGAGAGAUUUUAAAGGUUAAAGCUCAGACUGUGUCAGGUAGUUAUGGAGGAAAUCUUUUUAGCUAACAGCUUCACUUGACUCUGUGGAACUCUUCACACAAAAAUCGUUUGAAACAAAGUGAACGGAGCAGAAUGUCCCAGAGAAUAAAUGACUUUUCAUGCACAAAGUUUAGACUGUACAACAUGACUCAUUUAUGUUCUUCUUUUAACAGGAUCCAUUGGGCAGGCACUGAAACAGCCACCCAGUGGUGUGGCUACAUGAGUGGUGCUAUACAAUCAGGCCAGCGUGCAGCGGUGGAAGUAUUGGCUGAACUCUGUCCGAUGGCUUUGACCCAGGAAGAGCAGGAAGCAGUGCAGCACAGUCAAACCAUCGGGGGUGCUUUCAGAAAAACACAAUCACCCGGGCUCACAUAUCUGUCUGGACACAAGAUGAUGGUCUUAGCAGCAGUGACUUUAAGUUCGGCUCUGUUGCUGGCUUACCACCCUGCAGCGUUUCUGAAGGCCAAGGCUCACUUGAUGAAAAUAUUUUCAACAGCCAGGAAUCAUAUAAGAUAACGGAACUUUUUCCAAAUAUGCUGUGAAUCAGAUUGAUUCACAAAUAAACUAAACUUUGAAUAUGGUUUAUUCUACUAAUGUGAGAAGUAAAUCACACAAGUACUUUAUACACACAUCUAGAUGAUAGAUGACGUUCUCUGCCAUGUUCCUAAUUUUUUUUUUUACCUCUGUGGAAAAGACUAAAUCCUUAUUGAUACCAUGAUAAUGAUAAUGAUUGAUAGUUACACAGAGGAGCUUGAAUUGAGAAACGAGAACUUAUUGAUUAUGGUUGCCAAACAGUUAUAACCCUAACCCUUUGUUGAAUAUCAUCAAUUAAUCCUGAUCAAUCCUGUAUUCACUACAAAAUUAAAAUUCUUGAUUUGCAUUUUUGGACAGCUUUGAAGUUGUGAUUAAACAAUGGAAAACAUAACAAAACAUAGAUAACACUAAUCACUGACUGUUGUCCAGGGAUCCUGACUCAUUGGAGGAGUAUUUGCGCCUUUCAGGAGUUCCACUCUGACUGUUUGUUUUGAUCCUGUAUCCUCUUUGCCGUGUGGUAAGAGGCAUUGUCUUCUUGGAAAAUUCGAGCCAGAAAAGAGUUUUUCAGCUGAUGGAAGAAAACUGUUUCCAAGAGUAGCCCUGUACGUGACCUGGUUCUUUUGCCCUUCACACAACUGCAUUUGCCCUGUUCCAUCCAUACUGGAACAACCCCGAAUCAUCUACGAUCAUCUACGAUCCACCCCCAUAUUUUACUGUAGGGGCAAAACAGUCUGGUUUGUAGGCUUCUCCAGGCCUCCUCCUCACCUAAGUUAGCUGGAUUGGGCGUCAACUCAAAAUUGAAUUCAUCACUGAAGAGAACCUUGGCCCAAUCAUCCACAGUCCAAUCCUUGUGAUCCCCAGCGAAGAGUAACCAAAACUUGCUCUGCCUUUCGUUGAUGAAGGGCUUCUUUUUUGCCCUGUGUGACUUCAGACCAGUUUCAAGAAGUCCAUCUCGAACUAUCCUUGCUCAACAAGUCACAUUUCUUGACGGCCCCCUUCAUUUUUAUGGUCCCAGGAGGUCUGACGACGGUUCCUGACACAGGAACAGAUGAGUGCACGGUCCUCUCGACAUUUCCUGCCUCAACCAACUAGCAGUUUGGUAGUAUCAUGUUUGGUAUGCUUUUUCUUGGUGAAAUGAACAGCUUCAGUUUUUUGGCUACCUGUCUCGCACUCAUGCCAGUUCCCAGCAUUGCCAAGAUUUCUGCCUUUGUGGCUUUACUUAGUUCUGUUGUUUUAGGCCUUAUCUUAGAGCUGCCAACUGAGUUGUGCUACGGCUUGGAUGCAAAACAGCUCUAGCAGUAAACAACUCAAGGCCUUUGUAUGUGAAGUGCUGCUUAUGACAUGAAAUGGCCUUAUAUAUACUCUGGGAAUACAAUGAAGCCUAAGUGUGUCAAACAGGACAUGAAGUAUUAUGGAAUCAGCUGCAUUUUCAGUUACGCUCAUCGUAUUCUUCAGGUAAUUUACCCUUAGUGGUAUCAGGCAUUAAAAUGAACAUGAAAUUGAAGAAACAAUGGUGGUCUAAUAAUUUCUUCCAUGACUGUAUAUUUUAAAUAGCUGCAAAAGGCCAUCUCUUUUGUCUUGAUCUUUUCUGUCUGACUUCACCCCUCUGUCUAUUUACUUACAAAACUAGCCAAGACGAGAAAUCAUGGCGCACUCCUACACACCCAAGAGUUCAGAAGUGAUGCAUUAGCUCUGACUUGCCUCCCUGGCAGAGUAAAAUUGUUGGGUGAUGGAAAUUUAGUCUCUAACGGUGCACUUCAAGCUAAUUUUCCCUGAAAUGCUCCUAAUGCACAAGAAAUAUGCAGACACAGGAGCUGUAAUUCACCAUUGUGGACCUCAUUUGGCAACAGACAGAGGUAACACGGUGGACAGUAGGAAUCUUCUUCAUCAUUACUUUAAAUCCCUUUUGUGUGCUUAAUUAGAAUAAAACCUCAUUCGAGUGGUUUUAUGAUUCCACUCAAAUGUUCCGUAUCAGAUUUAUGGUUUCAUCAUCUGCUCAUGACAAAGGCUAAGAAAAUUACUUAUAAUAAUAUCUUAAAUAAUCAGCUGAGGAGAAAAGCAGUCUAAGCAUCUCUUUAUCCCGUUUUCUUUCCUUACCCCCAAAAUGGGACCAUAAAUUCAGGUUGUGUAUUGAAGAGUGGGGCUUUCCAGUGAUCAUGUUGGGUUUAAAUCACAUUGCAGUGAGAAAAUGGAGCUACUGCGCUGUACUGCCUUUGCUUUGUACCCCAGAGAGCCAUAAAACCUGCUUGAGAGGCUUGGAGCGGAGCCACACACAUGUUUGUCCGCCCACAAAAUCAUCAACAGACAUUCGAAUGAGCAUAAGAUGGAUGAACCGGUCACACAACCAUAAUGUCCCAGAGAAAGUGAUUUAAUCGCUAUCACUCGAUUGCACUGUUGAUUGAAAGGAUUUUGGUCAGUCCCCUGUCUCUCUUCGAGAGUAUCUCCAACACCCGCUGGUCAUUGGGCAAAAGUCUGACUCCACUGAUGCCAUGGCUAGCUAUUUGUCUUUGUUAUCUCUAGCUUGCGCUAAAUCAACUGCCAGGUCCCCCUGGUUUUAUUUAAGCUGGUCCGGACUGAAUCAGGACCCACAGCCCAAUUUCCCCUAACAUGUGUGGAUGUUUUACACUGUUUGGUCUUUGACAGAGAUGCUCGUAUUCCAGAUUUUUUCUUCCCAAAUCUGAAACCUGGACUUGACUGUUUGCUCAUAUGUUUCCCUCACUGAUGUCUGUCACAUCAUCAUGAUUAUUAUGGCUGAAAAGUCCAGAAUAACAAUGUUACUGCAGCAUUUACCCAAAACUUAAGGAAAAACUAUCAGUUAAAUGAAAAGCAGGAAGAGAAUGGAGCAAAAGAUUAAUUCACUGAAAUUACACAUACAACAUAAAAGAAACUGAGUUACUUAUGUCUCAUCAUCCGUUUUCAAUGAAGCUUAAAGUUUUUGCAUUAUCUGUGUCACCAGCCCGGUAAAAACAGAAACUUCUAAUCACACUAAAGCUAAACUAUCAUCUUGUGAGUCUUCUCUUGAUUUCUGAAACACAGUCGUGCUGGUGAGGGAGGUUUUUUGUAUCUCACUUCUGUCAUCUCUUUAAAUAUAAUAUGCACUUAAAGGGAUAUUCCGGCGUAAAUUUAAGUUGUGGUCAAAUACACCGUGACACCAAGUUAGACACCUCCUCGAGAGAUGAAUGUUGCCGACUGCUUGCUUCUCUAGUUAUACAAACUUUAGUAACAACCGCACAACAGCAAUACACAUCGGUCUAAGGGCUCUAUUUUUGUGCCUGGCCAGCAGCAUGGUGCAGGCGCAGCAUAAGUCAGCUCUGCCGCGCCAACAAGGCGUGCCCAAGCACACUUUGCUAUUUUGGUGAGCGGCGCAGCCUGGCGUAAGUAUCCCCCCUCCCUAACUCAGCUCCUCCCAGCGGCGUACGUCGCAGAGAGGGAGGGGACAAGGCGUGGAGUGGACAAGUGUCAACAAGUGUCACUGUAAGCGCUGCAGAGGGCGUCCUUCACACUCUCUCAUAUAAGCACAGAGAGAUUUGGUGUGUGUAAGGUUGGACCCACUUUUGGUCUACCAAAAUACCACUAGACCAGCUGCGCUCCGCCUGCACUGAAAGCUGACCGGGUUUGAAUAGGUGAGCUCGUCAGCGCACUUCCCACGCCGCUGGCGAGCACGAAAAUGUCACUGCACCAGCUGAUUCUGGCAACACCUCCCCCUGCCGUGCCACCCCACCCAGCUUGGCGGACCUCGGUGCACCCCAGUCUAUGGAAAUACCAAAGUGGCUGUGCACCGGGCUCCGCCAGACGAAAAUACCACUGCGCGGGGUUCGCCACGGUUCGCCGUGCCGCCGUCGGGCACAGAAAUUUAGUUCUAAGUCUCUGCCUGACUUUACUGCCUCUUGUUUGCAUUUCCAAACUGGUGACAGUCAUUAAAAGGCUGCAAAACUACUUCAGAAUUUAGUAGGUGAUGUCGUUGAGGCUAUUUAGGCGAUUUAUGCUCGAAGCACCUGUUAGACGUCCUGGUAUCACAUUUCCUUUUAAUGUCCUUGAAAAUAAAGUGUUAAGUUGUGCUCUUUAGAACAGCUGUAGCCUCUUUUUUUAAUUUCUCGUGAGUGAUAGUCACAGAGCUGAGGGUUUUUAUUUAGAUGCAUUAUGUAAAAUACCCCAAAUCUACUCUUGCCUUUUCCCGACCUGACCUUAGCUCGGGUUAGAAAGACAGGGACUCCAGAGUAUUGCUAAGAGGUUCCUUCAUGAGGUGUAUGUCAUCUCCAGCUUCAGGCAUGCAGUAAAAUACCAUGUGGGGAAUGUCAGUGUAUCUUGUCAGAAACAGUUUUGUCAUUUUUGAACACAAUCCAGUAGUUUGUUUUCAGUGAAUACAUGAUAACUGUGGAAAGCUGCCUGGACUAUUAAAAGCCGACACUGAGAGUGAGAAAAUAAACUUUAUGUUUCCCUCUGAGGGACAUUUGUCUGAAGAACAGCUCUACGGUCCAUUGCUUCAUGAACAUGCCACAUAAGGAAACCACAAAAACACGAGAGCUUUGACAUGCCUGACAGCUACUUUAAUAAAAAAUACAUCUGAUAGUAACGUUGUUAAAUCUGGGACAAUGUGAGGCUGAAGGAGAAAAUUAACCAGCGAAAAUUAUCUUUGAGCUCUGUCACCUUGAUGGAAUCUGAACGCUUAUGAACAAUACUGUACUGUGAAGAGUCAGGAAGGAGGGCAGAUUACUUGAUAUUUUGUUGUUCCCAAGUGGAGGGUAAGAAGUAAUGAUGAAUUUUUUAGACCUUGGAAGUUAAAAAGCUCAAAAUACAGCCCAUGAAUUAAAAAUCAGAAAAGACAGAUCAGCGUCAUCACAAUCACGCUCUACUCUGCACAGCCCUUUGUGUUUCUGUUUUUCCCUGCUUUAGUAUCCUGUCUCCAGUGAUGAUGCUGUAAUUACCUCAGGCUCUGCAAGCACCUGCAGUUGAUGCUUUUUCAUAGUGACAACAGGACCAACUUAACAAAAAAGAAACACUAGAGUACUCAGUUAAGCAACUCUUCAGUCUUUUCAGACGUUAGAUACUUUUAACAUUUGGUUUUAAACAGAUAACGAUAUCUGAAGCUUCUUUACUGUCUCUUGUGUGAUUCAACCCAAACCUCAAC